UCUCGGCUGGACGAGAAGGUCCCUUAUCAUUAAGUAGUGUUAUCAAACGCGAGUCAACAUUUGAUCCUGGAUUAAGGUGGAAGAAGGCUGUGCUAUCAGCCAUGGGGACGGCAAAGAUGAAAAAUCUUUGGCCGUUGGUGGUGUGGAUACUUUUUUCUUCGUGUCCGACCGAUUCAUACAGAGGAUUCGGCACUGGAUUGAAGAGAGAAGUGUUUUUUCUAAAUCUGGAAGAUGGUUACUUUGGCUGUCAAGUUAAUGAGUCGACAGAUAUUUUACAACUUUUGGAACUGUCGAAACUCUGUGAUAAUCAUGAAGAUUGUUUUGGGGGCACAGAUGAGCAGCGAGCAAGACUCAAAUGCACAGAUGAUUGUACAAAGGAGGAUGGUACACUGUGUCAAAACGGAGUUUGCCUCGAUUCAGUUUGUCACUGCAAUGAUGGUUUUGGAGGCUGCAAUUGCCAAGUUCCAGAUGAGAACGAGUGUAAGUUUCGACCCUGUGAUAUUUUUGCCCACUGUACAAAUACACUAGGCAGCUAUCAGUGUACCUGCUUCCCUGGUUAUCAGGGCGAUGGAUUCCACUGCGAAGAUAUAAACGAAUGCGAAAAUCCACAUUUCGCUGCACGGUGCGUCGAAAAUGCUGAGUGCUGUAAUUUACCUUCGAAUUUCCUAUGUAAAUGCAAAGCGGGAUUCACUGGCGAUGGCGAGAUCCACUGCGAAGAUGUGGACGAAUGUGCAUUGCAAGAUGCGUGUGGAGAAAAUAGUCAUUGUCAGAAUACCCUUGGAAAUUAUACGUGCUCGUGUCAGCCGGGAUACUCGGGAGACCCUUACAAACUUUGUACCGAUAUAAACGAAUGUAACUACGAAGGUGCUUGCGGACAUGGUGCGUUGUGCGUGAAUUUACCUGGUGCACAUAGAUGUGAAUGCCCCGAGGGAUACGAUGGAAAUCCAGAGGAUGGAUGCAGGGAUGUGGACGAGUGUCUCAGAAGUCCCUGCGGACGUUCGGCCUUGUGCACGAAUAUGGAUGGCACUUUUCGCUGUGCUUGCCCCGCAGGAACGGAGGGAGACCCAAUGUCAGCCUGCCAUGAUAUAAACGAGUGCUCGGGAAAUCCUUGUGGCUUGGACGCGGAAUGUGUGAACAGCGAAGGAAGCUUUGAGUGCAGAUGUCGGUUGGGAUAUCAAAUGGAUGCCAUCCACGGCUGUGUCGAUGUGAACGAAUGCGCCCAGAAUAAUCCCUGCGCUACUAACGCCAAGUGCAUCAACGUCCCAGGAACGUUUAAGUGUUUAUGCCCGAGAGGCUUUGUCGGCCAGGGACUCACCCUUUGCGAAAAUAUUAACGAAUGCGAGAAAAGUCCUUGUGGAGAAAAUGCAGAAUGCACAGAUACCAUAGGCAGCUUUGUAUGUAGCUGCAAAGCAGAAUACACCGGUGAUCCGUUCAAGGGAUGCAGUGAUAUCGAUGAGUGUACAGCUUUGGACAAUCCAUGCGGAACGAAUGCUAUUUGUAAGAACACAAUUCCAGGAUAUACUUGUCUUUGUCCACCUGGAUUCAGUGCCAAUCCCAGCCCGAAAGUUGCUUGUGAUCAGACGGACGUUGCAACACUCUGCAAAUCUAAUUUCGACUGCGUCAAUAACGCUGAAUGCAUCGAAGGUCAGUGUUUCUGCAAAGAGGGCUUCAAGGCCAUCGGAGCUGAAUGCGAAGAUAUUGACGAGUGUUUCAAAAAUCCGUGUGGACCAAAUUCUGUCUGCACCAAUACGAAAGGACACUUCCAUUGUGAUUGUGAAACUGGAUUCAUCGGAACUCCACCACAUUCUCCGUGCAAAGCUCCAUGUGACGAAGUAACCUGUGGCGAACACGCCUUCUGCAAACCUGAUGGACAAGAAGCCUAUUGUAUUUGUGAAGAUGGCUGGACAUUUAAUCCCAACGAUAUUGCAGCUGGAUGUGUUGACAUCAACGAAUGUGAUGAAAUUAAUGGACCGUCUGGACGAUGCGGUAAAAAUGCAAUUUGUUCAAAUUCUCCUGGCGGAUUCAGUUGUCAGUGCAAACAAGGAUUCUCUGGAAAUGCCUUUAAACAAUGUUUGGAUAUUGAUGAAUGUGGUCGACCUGACGCCUGUGGCCAUGGAGCAACUUGCUCGAACAAAGAAGGCUCUUACAGUUGUUCCUGUCCUCCGGAAACUAUUCCAGAUCCCGAUCCUCACAUCAAGUGCGUUGGGGUUGUCACCUGCGAUGUGGAUAAUGACUGUCCGGGAAAUGCUAUUUGCGAUCCUCAAAAGCGAUGCUUGUGUCCAGAACCGAACGUUGGAAACGACUGCCGACAUCCAUGUGAAGAUCUUUCCUGCGGUCCAAAUGCCCACUGCAUGUUACUGAAUGACGUGGCGAACUGCCUGUGCAGUAACGGUUACACGGGCAAACCAGGAGUCAAGGGAGGCUGCAGAGAUAUUGAUGAAUGUUCAACUAAUCCAUGUCCACCAGGCGCUGUCUGCUACAACGAACCCGGAAGUUUCUCUUGUCAAUGUCCGAGUGGAAUGACUGGCGACCCUUACAGUGGUGGUUGUGAGAAAUCACUGUUACCACACGUAUGCGGACCCAACAGUCCAUGUCCACUUGGAGAACAAUGUAUCAAGGACGAAUUUGCCGGAAGCAGCGUUUGCAUCUGCCAAAGAGGAUACACUCGUGACGCUGAGACUCACAAAUGCAGAGAUAUUAAUGAAUGCCUCGAACUGAGGGACAAGCCCGCUUGCGGAGUGAAUGCCAUUUGUAAAAAUCUCCCCGGCAGUUACGAGUGUCAAUGUCCAACUGGAUUCAAUGGAAAUCCUUUCUCUCUUUGCGAAGAAUGCAACAGUAUCGAGUGCCAGUGUCAACCUCCUUACAAGAUCGUAAAUGGAAAGUGCAUGCUGGCUGGUUGCUCAAAGGGCGAAACUUGUCCGGCCGGUGCCGAGUGUAUCACGAUAGCGGGUGGCGUCAGUUACUGCGCCUGUCCCAAAGGCUUCAGCACUAAACCCGAUGGAUCUUGCGAAGACAUAAACGAGUGUAUCGAAGGACACCAAGUGUGUGGAUAUGGUGCCGAGUGCAUCAAUUUACCAGGUUCUCAUCGAUGUGUCUGUCCCCGUGGGUACGGUGGUGAUCCGUACAACGGUCUCUGUUCUCCAGCUCAAAAACGAUGCACCAAUGAUAAUGAAUGUAAAGCCAAUGAGAAAUGCAUACAACCCGGAGAAUGCGUUUGUCCUCCGCCAUUUUACACAGAUCCUAUUGACGGCAACCUCUGCAAAAAUCCUUGUGACCGAUUUCCAUGCGGACUUAACGCGAAAUGUACACCAACUGAUCCACCAAGAUGUAUGUGCGAAGCAGGCUACGAGGGAGAUCCACAGCACGGCUGUGUCGAUGUCAACGAGUGUAUUAACAAUCCUUGCGGACGCGGAGCCUACUGCUUCAAUAUCAAGGGGGGACAUGUUUGCGAAUGUCCAAAAGGAAUGUCCGGCGAUCCUUAUGGAGCCGGAUGCUCCGGAGCACCAACAGCCAAACAAGAAUGCUCAUCAAACGAUCAUUGCGAGAACUACUUGGCCUGCGUUCAAGGCAGCUGUGUCAACCCCUGCGAUAAUGUUCCUUGCGGACCAAACGCUUACUGCGAACCCGACAAGCAUGCUCCUUGGUGUCGAUGCGUUAUCGGAUUCACCGAAGGCAAAAACAACGAAUGUGUUUCUCAAUGUGAUGGAUAUGUUUGUGGUACUGGAGCGCAGUGCAUUGUCAGUUACGAUGGACCAACUUGUAAGUGUAUUGAAGGAUUCAUGGGCAAUCCUUUCCCAGGAGGUCAGUGUGUUCCAGAUGUUUGUUCUCCGGAAAUUCCUUGCGCAGAGCCAAGCGUGUGUAUAGGCGGACGUUGCAAGCGCCGAUGUGAAGGCGUUGUCUGCGGAAUUGGAGCAAGCUGUGACCCCGUAAGCAACAAGUGUGUCUGUAAUCCGUAUUUCGUGGGAAAUCCAGAUCUUCUCUGCAUGCCGCCUGCUCAACCACCCCAAUGCAGUCCACCCUGCGGAUCCAACGCCCACUGUGAAUAUAGUCUCCUCGAUUCUAAAUGUGUCUGUAAUCCUGGCACCAACGGAAAUCCCUAUCACGGAUGUGGAAUACAACACAAGUCCGACUGCUCCCAAGACUCUUGCGGAAAGGACGCCCACUGCAUUGCCGGAAUCAACGCUGUUGAAUGCCUCUGCCCACCGGGUUUCGCUGGCAAUCCUUACAUUCGCUGCUUUGACAUUGACGAAUGCAACGGGAACGCGUGUGGAAAUAACGCAGUUUGUAUUAAUACGAUCGGUAGUUACGACUGUCGGUGCAAGGAAGACUUCUUCGGAAAUCCGUUCGUCGAUUGUCAGAAGUUACAAAUUGGUCCGUGCAUAGAUCCCGCGACUUGUAGAUGUAAUUCCGAAACGCCCUGUCCGGUGGAUUUCUCUUGCGUCGGUGGAAAGUGUGUUGAUAGGUGCAGUGACGUUCACUGCGGUCCGAGGUCAGCCUGUCAAGACGGAAUCUGCGUCUGUCCGCCGGGAUACAGUGGAAACGCCAACGAUCUCUCGAAAGGUUGCCAUCCCCAAGGGCACUGUUCGAACGAUCUCGACUGUGAGACACAGGAAAUCUGCUUCUCCAUCGGCAAGGGAGUCAGAAAGUGUGUGGACGCGUGCAGCAAACUUCAGUGUGGACCGAACGCCCUCUGCGUUACACAAAAUCACGCGUCCUCCUGUCUCUGCAUUGAUGGUCACUUCGGGAAUCCAAGCGAUAUGCGUGAGGGUUGUCAACCGAAAAAAUCGAUCGAUCCGGCUUCUUGUGAUUCUAACGAGGACUGUAGACACGGAACCUUCUGUAUUCUCGGAGACUCGGGGAUUCAUGAGUGUACUAAUCCUUGUGGUAAAGUUGCUUGUGGUACGAAUCAGAGGUGCGAAGUGGACGCUACCGGUCAUGCUAGUUGUAAGUGCUACGACUCUUACGAAUGGAAUCCGGUUCUGUCCUCUUGUGAGAAGCCUUCGGUUCCUGAUUGUAUUCACGACCACGACUGUCAUCCGAAAGCAACCUGUCGGCCUGACGCCUUAGGCGUUCUCAAAUGCGUAUCGCUUUGUGAAACCUUCACCUGCACCGUCAACUCCCAGUGUGUUGCCGACAACCACCAGGCUCAUUGUGAAUGCCUCCCGGGCUUUACCGGCAAUCCGAACGAUCGCUACGGCUGUCAAAGUACUCGCAAGGAUCAAUGCACUACUGACACCGAUUGCGCUGAAGAACAUACCUGUAAAUCAUCUCUUGAAGGAGUUUUGUCCUGUCAACCGGUUUGUAACUUCGUUUCAUGUGGUCCUAACGCACUCUGCGUCGUUAAUAAUCACGUAGCUAAUUGCGAAUGUCCUCCGGGUCUUUAUGCCGGCGACCCCAAUGAUCCCAGCAACGGUUGCAAAGCAGUCCCCUGUGUCUAUAAUAUCGACUGCCCUCCGACUCAACUCUGUAACAGACUCGAACACAAGUGCUAUGACGCGUGCGACAAAAGCGCUUGUGGAGUAAACGCGGUUUGCAUCGCCGAUGAUCAUAAGGCCAUCUGCCAAUGUCCCCCGGGUUUUAAAGCCAAUCCCCUUCCAGAUAUCGAAUGCACAGCCGUUGAGAGUUGUUCCCCCAAUCCGUGCCAUUCCUCAGCAAUUUGCAUUGCCGGUGCUUCGAGUAGUCCCGUGUGCCAAUGUCCACCUAAUCACGUCGGGGAUCCUUAUAAUUCGGGUUGUCAAGAAGAAGGUCAGUGUAAGAGUAAUAAAGAUUGUCCGGUUCAUUCAAUUUGUCAGAAUCAUCUUUGCAUUAAUCCUUGCGAGAACACUUGCGGUUCGAACACACUCUGUGAGAUCGUUAACGGAGAACCGAUUUGCCGAUGCAUUCACAAAUUUGUACCGUCGACUAAGGGGAUUCAAGAGGGUUGUGUUCGGGAUUCUAAUUAUUGCUCAAUCGAUGCUGAGUGUGAAGAUGGCAUCUGCCUUGAAGGGCAAUGCAGAGCUGUGUGUCGGUCGUCUGACGACUGUGCCAACGGGGAAAAAUGUAUUAAUAAUAAAUGCGCUAUUUCUUGCGCUUCCCACAGUCAAUGUCAAAACAACUUGGCAUGCGUUAACAGCGUCUGUAUGUUGGGCUGUCGCAGUAGCAGGAAUUGUCAGUCGGAUCAAUCUUGCAUCAAUCACAAAUGUCAAGAUCCCUGCAAACGAGAAAAUGUAUGCGGUCCCAACGCCGUCUGUAGUUGUCAAGAUCAUCGAACAGUUUGUGCCUGUCCAGAAGGAUUCCAAGGCAACCCCACACCCCAACAGGGAUGUGUCCGAUUUCCAAGUCCAUGCGAUCCAUCAGGCAACUGCCCGAAUCAACACGUGUGCAUUUCCGGAUCGUGUCAAUGCCAGUGCAAAGAUCAGAGUAAUUGUGCCCAGGGAGAACGCUGCAAGAACGGAUUGUGCGUGAAGAUGUGCUACGGCGACAGCAACUGUCUGCCUGGUGAAUUAUGCAUUGAAGGAAAUUGCGAAAUUGGCUGCACCUCCGAUGCCGGUUGCAGUCCAGAUCAGAUUUGCAUUAAUCACAGGUGCAGAUGCAGUCAAGGCUUCAUUGCCAGUCCAGACAAAUGUCUCGAUAUUGACGAAUGCGACGAUCACCCCUGUCAUCCCACUGCUGAGUGCAUUAACCUUCAAGGAUCUUAUAAAUGCUCGUGUCCCACUGGAACAGCAGGAGACCCGGUUGUUCUGGGCUGUCUUCUGCCCCAUCGCUGCAACUCAAAUAGUAAUUGUCCAGAUUCUUUGGCGUGUGUGCAACACAACUGCACUGACCCAUGCUCGCGAGUUGAUUGCGGACCGAACACGGUUUGCUCUGUUUUCGAUCACGCAGCUGCUUGUCAGUGUCAGGCCGGAUACAUUGGCGACGCGUCUGGAUGCUUCAAGGUCGAAUGCCUUUCGAACAACGACUGUCCAGUGGAUAAAUUCUGCAAUCAAGAUGUCAACAAGUGCACGAGCCCCUGCAAUCAAAUCAAUUGUGGAUAUGGUAAUUGCAUAGCAAUCAAGCAUGAGGGUAAUUGCAAGUGCUACCCUGGAUUUACUCUCGUUGGUGACACCUGUGUCGAUAUUGAUGAGUGUCUGCAGAAUCCAUGUCACUCGACAGCAAUUUGUCAAAAUAUAGAGGGUUCGUUCACUUGCACCUGCUCCCACGGCUUAGUGGGUGAUCCUUUCAAAACUGGAUGUAAACAACCGGGCGAUUGCUUCACCCAUGGCGAUUGUCCAAACUCUGCAGCUUGUAUAGACAAUACUUGUCGUGACCCAUGCAACACUCCGUCCGUGUGCGGCAGGAGCGCCCAAUGCCUCGUUAAAGAUCAUGUGCCGCAUUGUAAAUGUCCUGGCCAAACAAGAGGAGACCCACUGGUGGAGUGCAUUCAUCUGGAAUGCAACUAUCAUAGUGACUGCGGUCCAUCGAGUUCCUGCUUCGAUCACAAGUGUGUUGAUCCUUGCUCAGUGCCAAAUGUCUGUGGUUCGGGAGCAGAAUGUUCCCCCUUGAACCACAGCGCAGUUUGCACUUGUCAACCGGGUCACACUGGAGAUCCAAACCUCGGCUGUACACCUGUUCAGUACUGCAAAGUUGAUCAUCAAUGUCCAACGGGUUCAUCCUGUAAUGGAGGAAUCUGCACAUCAUUGUGUGCUAGCACCAGGGACUGCAUUGGAGACCAGUUGUGCAUCAAUGGUCUUUGUCAACCAACCUGCAGACACAAUGCCACCUGUCCCGAUUAUCAGUAUUGCCUAAACAGCAUCUGCGUACAAGAAUUGAAAUGCAUUUCCAACGAUGAUUGCGACUCUUCGGAGAAGUGUGUCAAGAACAACAUUGGACAAGCUGAAUGUCAAAGAGUCUGCAACCUUGCAUUCUGUGGACGUAAUGCAAUCUGUGACGCCGUUAACCACAAGGCCAGAUGUACUUGUCAAGAAGGAUUCUUUGGCGAUCCAAAUGAUGAUAAAAUCGGCUGUCAACCAAUCGAAUGCGACACAAAAGAACAGUGUUCCGAGGAAAAGAUUUGCGAGGAUCAUGUUUGUAGAAUCGCUUGCUUAGCUCAUAACCCGUGUGGAGUAAACGCUCUUUGCUCAACAGAACGACACCUUCAGAUAUGUACAUGUCAACCCGGCUACACUGGUGAUCCAUCUCUUGGAUGCGAGUUGAUUAACUUUUGUGCCGAUAUACCAUGUGCACCUGGCGCAGUUUGCGAAAACUCGAAGGGAUCCUACAAGUGUUAUUGUCAACAUGGAACGGUUGGUGAUCCUUACAACAGUGGCUGUCAACAACCAGUGGAAUGUCUGCACGAUGAAGACUGUCCAGAUACUGCUAAUUGCCUCAGUUUCAACAAUGUUCCCAAGUGUAACGAUGUCUGUGCUCGCAUCAAGUGUGGUCCAAAUUCAGAUUGUGCUGCUUUCCAUCAUAUUGGCUCUUGUAAAUGUCAACCUGGUUAUGAAGGUGAUGCUAACGAAUUAAGUAUCGGAUGUCGUCCAACGCCUGUUGUAUGUUCUUCUUCUGCGGAAUGCGGUUUGAAUACCUAUUGUUACGAAAGCAUUUGUCGACCAUCAUGCCAAUCUGACAAUGAGUGCACCUUGUCUGAUGUCUGCUUAAGCGGUCAGUGCUUGGACCCAUGUCAAAUACGAGCAGCUUGUGGAAUUAAUGCCGAAUGUACAGUUCGAAAUCAUUUGAAGCACUGCAGUUGCCCGCCAGGAUUCACCGGAAAUUCCGAAGUGGAAUGCGUGAGACUGCCAGUGUCUUGCACGACAACAAAUGAUUGCAAUGAGGGAAACACUUGCCGAGACAAUGUGUGUCUACCUGUUUGCCAAGUGGAUAAUGAAUGUGCCUUCAACGAGAAAUGCGUAAGGGGAAAUUGCCUUCUGACAUGCAGACUGGACAAUGAUUGCUUUUUGGGUCACAUUUGCUUGAACAAUAUGUGCACUUUUGGCUGUCAAGCUGAUGAAGAUUGCAACGCAAAUGAAGCGUGCCUUGUAAACAAGUGCGCAAAUCCUUGCGAGGUUACACCUUGUGGUCCAAAUUCGAAGUGUACGGUUAUUAAUCAACGAGCCUCGUGUUCCUGUUCCGCAGGUUUUAUUCCAAAUCCAACCGCGAAAGUAGCGUGUCUCCGUGCACCGGGUCCGUCGUGUCAGUCAAAUAGAGAUUGCUCGGCUGGAACCAGUUGCAUUUCUGGAAUAUGCACCCCAGUCUGUUCAUCGAAUGCAAAUUGUUUGAGCAAUGAACGUUGCGAUUCAAGUGGAGUCUGCAGAGGGCUGUGCAGAAGAGACGAGGACUGUCAGAGUGGUGAGAUCUGCGAAGGAUUGGUCUGCUUCAAUGGAUGUAGGGCUGAUAUUGAGUGCCAGGAAAAUCUCGCUUGCAUUAACAACCAGUGUAUAGACCCAUGCAGUUUGCCAAAUGCCUGUGGUAUUAAUGCGGAUUGUUCAGUUGUUAAUCAUUGGAAACGAUGUAGAUGUCCGGAAUCAUUGAUAGGAGAUCCACUUAUUAGCUGCAGACAAUCUUUCCUACCCUGUUCAGAUCUGUCAGACUGUUCGCCUGGUCAAACUUGUUACGUCAAGUCUUGUUAUUCAACUUGUAGAAGCGAUGUGAAUUGUUUAAAUGACGAACGAUGCGACGGAGGAAUGUGCAAGACAAUAUGUAACACUGACGAUCAAUGUUCGUCCAACCAAAUUUGCGAGAAUCGUUUAUGUGACAUUGGAUGCCGCAGUGAUAACGCUUGUCCUUCCGAUGAAUCCUGUAUUGAAAAUAGAUGUAGAAAUCCUUGCGAAGGAGGCAAAUCCUGUGGAAAGUGUGCUGGAUGCCGUGUGGUAAACCAUGUUGCCCAAUGCAGUUGUCCUUCGAAUUAUUACGGCGAUGCACGCAUCAGUUGUAUAAAGUCGAUGAUUCCAUGCGAUGGUUCCUGUGAGUGCGACGAAACAGGAUAUUGCGUUAAAAGCUGUCGAUCACAAAAUCAAUGUUCCUGUGGAGAGGUUUGUCAUGAAGGAAAAUGCCGAGUAAACUGUGAUCACAACAGCGAAUGUUCGAAGGGCUACAUGUGUGAGAGUGGAUUAUGUCUCUUUGGUUGUCGAUCUCACUCGGAUUGUCCAGACUUGUUGUCUUGCAUGAAUGGCCAAUGUACGGAUCCAUGUUCCUCGGGAUCAGCACCUUGUGGUCUGAAUGCACUCUGCAGAGUUUCUAAUCAUCGAGCAGUGUGCUUAUGCCCAGAGGGCUACCAAGGCGAGCCAAGUCGGGAGUGUUACCAGUUGGAAUGCCAUAGUCACGAUGAUUGUGAACCAACGAAACAUUGCAGUGAAUUUGGAGUUUGCACAGAUCCCUGCAUGCAAAAUGGUGUUUGCGGUAUUAAUGCUCAGUGUCGUGUGGCGAACAGACAAGCUCAAUGUUCAUGUCCACCGGGUCAUAUAGGAAAUCCAAAACUUUUAUGCAAACAAGGCAACGAGGAAUGUCUUCGAAAUCCUUGCGGAUCAAACGCAGAUUGCCGAGAGACUUCUUCCGGUUACGAGUGCACUUGUAAAUCCAGCUGUUACGGUGAUCCCUAUUUAGGUUGCCAGUGUGAUGGUACACGCCGCGAUUGUCGAACUGUGGGUUGCGGUAAGAAUGCAGAAUGCAUCAGGGACAGAUCAGAGUUCGUUUGCAGAUGCAUUCCGGGUACAACGGGUUCUCCGGAUAUUGAAUGUGCCACAGAGCAAGAGUGCACCAGUGAUUCAGAAUGUCCCAACGACAAAGCCUGCAUAAAUCUACAAUGUCUGGAUCCUUGUACAUUGCGGGGAGCUUGCGGCAUCAACGCACUGUGCCGAGUGGUGGUGCACAAGCCACGCUGCUCCUGCCCUCAGUGCUACAUCGGAAUGCCCCGAGCAGUCUGUCGACCGGAUCCGAAAUGCGACCUCACGAAUCCGUCUCGACCCUCACCGUCAAACAUCGACUGCUCCUCCGAUAGCGAGUGUCCAGAGAGUCUGUCCUGUCACGCUCAGACCAGAGAAUGUCGAGACCCGUGCUCGAGCUCAAAGCCAAGGUGCGAGGUCAACAAGAAAUGCCAAGUGCGAAAUCACAAGCCAGUCUGUGUCUGUAAAUACGGAUUCGUUGUUAACGAAAUGGGGGAGCUGACCUGCGCCCCGGACACUGUGGCUUGCUCGAAAGAUUCCGAUUGCCCGUCGAACGUCGCAUGCCUCAAUGGAAAAUGCCAGAAUCCAUGCAACAUGAGAAAGAAACCGCCGUGUCCGAAUGACAAGGCUUGCGAAGUCCUCGACCAUCGUCCCGUUUGUAUCUGUAUUAAAAAUUGUAAUCCUUCCCUAUCCAUUUGCCUGCGAGACAGUGGCUGCUCACCAGACUUGGCGUGUCGCAAAUAUCGCUGCGUGGAUCCAUGCGCCAACUCCACGUGCCCGGCUGACGCCCCAUGUUACGUCGAGGAGCACAAACCCAUCUGCAAGUUCUGUCCCCCCGGCUUUGUGCCCGACACUAAGUACGGAUGCAUGAAAGAUGUAAAAUGUUCGUCAAAUACCGAUUGUCCAUCAAAAUCGGCUUGUGUUAAUCAUCAAUGCUUGAAUCCGUGUACUUAUCGGAAUCCUUGUGAAGACGCUAAAGAGUGUACUGUUGAAGACCACAGAGCAUUCUGUAUUGCAGGAUUAAAGAACGUUUGUCCUCUCUGCGAACCAGGUGAAGAAUGCGAUCCAGUGACAAAUCAAUGCGUCAAAGUGGGUUGCACUAGCAACAGGGAUUGUCCUCUGACAGAAACCUGCGUCGGCCGAAUUUGCCAGGAGCCAUGUCAAAUUAGAAAUCCAUGCGCUGCUCAUGCCGUUUGUGUUAAUUCCAACCAUGGAACGGAUUGUGUUUGUGAACAAGGAUAUCAAGGAAAUGGAUAUGCCGCUUGUGCCUUAGUUGAAGUCGAUAGAAAUGUUUGUCAGUACAACGAAGAUUGUCCGCCUCAUACAUACUGUGAUCGUCUUAAUAGACGUUGCAUUAAUCCAUGUUCUGAUGAUAUUUGUGGAGACAAUGCUGAAUGUUACACCGAAGAACAUGAACCAAAAUGCAGAUGUCCACCUGGAUUUGAAGGAAAUCCACAAAUUGGGUGCAAUGGUGCGUCAAAUGAUCCUUGCCUUCCAAACCCAUGUGGAAUGAAUGCAGCCUGCGAGAAUGAUAACGGAAAUCCCAUUUGCUUCUGUCCAAAGGGCCUAACUGGAAAUCCGUUUGAACAAUGCAUUCCCGAAGGUGAUCACUGUCAUAACAAUCCUUGCGGUGGUAACUCUGGUUGUCGGUUGAUAAAAGGACAAGCGAACUGCUUCUGCUUGCCAGGUUUCCAAGGAGAACCACCAAAUACACCAUGCGAACCUUAUAACAAUCCUUGUGGUUCAUCUCCUUGUGGUCCAAAUACACAAUGUUCGGCAUUACCAAAUGGAAUCUUUAAGUGCAUUUGCUUGCCCGGAUUCAUUGAGAGUCCAAACACAAUCCGAGGCUGUGUCCAGCAAGUUAAUCCUUGCGAGCCAAAUACUUGUGGACAUAAUGCUCUUUGUGAUUCGAGAAGAGUUCCUGCCUGCUAUUGUCCUGAAGGUACAUCUGGAAAUCCCUACAAGAGCUGCACAGAAAUAAUUGUCAGACCCUUGUGCCAACCGGGUCCUUGCGGAGCCAAUGCCGACUGCUACAUUACAGCAAAUCAAGAACACUGCUACUGUCGUUAUGGAUUCUAUGGCGAUCCUUACCUCGAUUGUCAUCCACCAGCUGUCAGUGCCUGUCAACCUAGUCCCUGUGGACCAAACGCAAUCUGCACCGUGUCAAUUAAAAACGAAGCCACCUGCAAAUGUGUACCUGGAACAACUGGCGAUCCCUUGAGUCAUACAGGUUGCGAUAGACCGGAAUGCACCCAGGACGUAGACUGUGAUGAAACCCAAGCUUGCAUUGGUUAUAGAUGUCAAAAUCCCUGUAUGGGAGGCUGUGGAAUACACGCCGAGUGUCAUGUCGAAGUACAUCAUCCAGUAUGCCGCUGUAGGGAAGGUUUCAUUGGGAACCCACUGAUUAGAUGUUCGCCUCAUGUUGUCACAACUCAAAAUCCCUGCGAGCCCAAUCCUUGUGGACUCAAUACUGCCUGUCAAGUACUGAAUAACCGAGCGGUAUGCUCCUGUUUAACAGACUUCCUCGGAGAUCCUCAAACAGGUUGUCAACCAGAAUGUACCAUCAAUUCGGAUUGUUCAAACGAUAAAGCCUGUAUUAAUAUGAAGUGUGUCAAUCCCUGUACACUCGGAACUAUUUGCGGUUCAAAUGCUGAAUGUUCUUGCUCUUACCACACUCCCAGUUGUUCUUGCAGACCCCACUUUGUUGGCAAUGCUUUUAUUCACUGUUAUCCGGAAACUCCAAUCACAACCGACAAUCAACGUAACGUGACACUGCCUUGUAAACCAUCGCCUUGUGGAGAGUAUAACGUCUGCGAUCCUUACAUCAAUCAAGUUGCAAUGUGUGGCGGUUGUGCCGCACCGGAAAAUCAAGACAGCAUCUUCUGCAAGCCGGAGUGUCUCAGCGAUAGUGAUUGUGCAUUGGAUAAAGCUUGUAUAGGUUGGAGAUGCGCUGAUCCUUGUUUAGGUUCCUGCGGUAUUAAUGCAAACUGCGAAGCCAUCUAUCACUCUCCAGUCUGUAGUUGUCCUACAGGCCUCUUCGGAAAUCCGUAUCAAAGUUGCGCUCCAGCAUCAAUAGAACUUCCAGAUUCCUGCAGUUUAACGCAAUGCGGAGCGAAUGCCUAUUGCGAAGAUAAACACGGCGUCACCAUCUGCAAAUGUUUACCGAAUUUCUCAGGAAAUCCUUUAAUAGCCUGCCAUCUUGAAUGCGUUCAGAAUUCCGAUUGUGAUCUAACGCAAGCCUGCUCUAAUCAUAAAUGUGUGAAUCCUUGCGACAGAGCUUGUGGAAACGGAGCCUCAUGCGAUGUGGUCAAUCAUAAUCCCGUUUGUUAUUGCUCAAACGGAAUGACAGGAGAUCCAUUUGUUUAUUGUUCAGAACCAAAAGAAGUGAUUCCAUUUUCGCCAUGCAAUCCAUCGCCAUGCGGACCGAAUAGUAGAUGUAUAGUUUCGCCCCAAGGUUAUUCCACAUGCUCCUGCAUUCCUGGAUUCAGAGGGUCUCCUCCACUCUGCUCACCCGAGUGUAUCGUAUCUUCAGAUUGUUUACACAUUCAAGCCUGCAUAAACAACAAGUGCAUCAAUCCGUGCACAGGAAGAUGUGGACAUGGUGCUCUUUGUUCCGUGAUUCAUCAUAAUCCAGUCUGCAGUUGUCCUGGUGGUUACGAAGGCGAUCCUUCCAUACAAUGUGUUAAGCAACCUGAGUACUUGCCGCCAUCAUCUUGCAAUCCAUCGCCAUGUGGUUCGAAUUCUGUGUGUCAAAUAAAAAUGGGUCGACCUGUUUGCUCCUGUCAGAGUAACUUUGUGGGAACGCCUCCGAAUUGCAGACCAGAGUGUCUCAUUAACCAACAGUGUCCUAUUGAUCAAGUUUGUGUUUCAAAUAAAUGUGUUCAUCCAUGUCCGAGCAGUUGUGGCGAUAAUUCAGAGUGUACUGUUAUCAAUCACACACCUCAGUGUUAUUGCAAGGAAGGCUUCGAGGGAGAUGCUUUUAUAGGUUGCACGCACUUACCAGUGAGACCUCCAGCGCCAUUAGAUCUAUGCGACCCGUCACCUUGCGGCAACAACGCUCUCUGCACUGUUCAUGAUGGAUCUGCUAGGUGCACAUGUAUUCCACCCUAUGUAGGAAACGCUUAUGUGGACUGCAAACCUGAAUGUCUUCUAAGUUCGGAGUGUUCCAGUGACUUGGCUUGUUUGAACCAACAUUGCAGGAAUCCCUGCCUUGGAGUUUGCGGAGCUAAUGCCCAAUGCGAGGUUAUCAAUCAUGUUCCAAUUUGCUCCUGUCUUCAAGGAUACACUGGUGAUCCAUUCGAAGUUUGCCAAGUCGACGUCGGGCCAAAGGAAAACCCUUGCUCAUCAUCCCUUUGUGGACCCUACAGUGUCUGUCGAGUGAUGAAUGACCGAGCGGUUUGUUCCUGCAGUCCAGGUUUCUAUGGCGUUCCUCCAAUGUGUCGACCUGAAUGCGCAGUGAAUUCUGAGUGCCCUCAACAUUUGGCUUGCAUUGAUCAGAAAUGCAGAAAUCCUUGUGAAAACGCUUGCGGCCUACGAGCCCAAUGUCACGUCAACAAUCACAAUCCACUCUGCAGUUGUCCGGCAGGUUUCACUGGCUAUCCACUUGUAGAAUGUACCGAAGGAGAUUCGAAGGGUGUCGGUCCCACUCCAUGUUUGCCCUCACCUUGUGGACCCAACGCUGAAUGUCGUGUCAAUGAAGAUAGACCUGUUUGCUCGUGUAUUGCCGGUAUGUUUGGAGCCCCUCCAAACUGCAGGCCCGAGUGCAUCAUCAAUCAGGACUGUCCCAAUCAUCUUGCCUGCAUACAAUCCAAAUGCUCAGAUCCAUGUGUGGGCUCAUGUGGUUACAACGCCAGGUGCAGUGCUCAAAAUCAUCGACCGGUUUGUGAAUGCUAUGAAGGCUACGAGGGAAAUGCCCGUUUCGGAUGCAAUCGCGCAGUGACUACUCCAACGGAACCGUCAAGCACACCAUGCAGUCCUUCGCCUUGUGGAUUGAACGCCAUCUGUAAUGAACGUAAUGGCGCAGCAUCUUGUAUCUGUUUACCAGACUAUAUAGGAGAUCCGUACAAAGGAUGCAAACCGGAAUGUGUACAAAAUAACGACUGUCCUCACACACUCGCCUGCAUUGUAAAUAAAUGUAAAGAUCCAUGUACAGGAGUUUGUGGUUUGAACGCCCAAUGUCAAGUCUUCAAUCAUCAACCAACUUGCACUUGUUUGUCUGGCUUUACAGGAAACCCUCAAGUUUCGUGUCACGUACCAUCGCCAGAUCUUCCGACAUAUACCGACCCUUGUCAACCAUCUCCUUGUGGAGAUUACAGCAAGUGUCAAGUAAUAGACGGUCAUCCAGUUUGCUCCUGUCAGCAAAAUUAUAUUGGAACUCCGCCAAAUUGUAGACCUGAAUGUCUAGUAAGCACAGACUGUGCAAACAAUAAAGCUUGCAUUUCACAACUCUGCCGCGAUCCAUGUUUCGAAACUUGUGGUCUUAACACCGACUGUCAUGUCAUUAACCACAGUCCUGUGUGUUCUUGUAAAUCUGGAUACACCGGAGAUCCAUUCUAUGGAUGUACGAGGGAAGAAUCACCGACAACGACUCCAAUAAUUCACAACGAUAAUCCAUGCAUUCCAUCUCCCUGUGGUUCAUACUCUCAAUGUCGAAAUAUCGAUGGAUUCCCUGCUUGCUCUUGUAUGCCGAAUUACAUAGGAAAACCACCAAAUUGCCGACCUGAAUGUAUUAUAAAUGAAGAAUGUUCCGGAAAUCUCGCUUGUCAAAAUGAGCAAUGCAUUGAUCCUUGUCCGGGAUCUUGUGGCAUCAACACCUUCUGCAAUGUCAUAAAACACAAUCCUCUUUGUAAUUGUAAUUCCGGAUUCACUGGGAAUCCUUUCACUGAAUGCACUCCUAUUAUAGAAGUUCCAAGUACAACGGAACAACCAAGAACACCUUGCAGUCCAUCGCCUUGCGGCGCGAACGCAGUUUGUAAUGAACGAAACGGAGCCGGAUCGUGUACCUGCAUGCCUGAAUAUUUCGGCGAUCCUUACACAGGUUGCAGGCCGGAAUGUGUCACCAAUUCGAAUUGCGAUCGUAGCAAGGCUUGCGUGAACAACAAGUGUAUCGAUCCUUGUCUCAAUGCUUGCGGAGAGAGUGCUUUUUGCCGUGUUACGAAACACGCGCCAUCCUGCUCUUGUCUUCCAGGCUAUACUGGAAAUGCAUUGAGUGGCUGCGUAUUGAUAGAAAUAGAGGUUCCGAAAACACCAGCGGAUCCAUGUGAGGCUUUGCCUUGCGGACCAUUCAGCAACUGUCGAACACUCAACGGUCAUGCGGUCUGUUCAUGUCAAUCCGGAUACAUUGGUGCACCACCUGGAUGUCGACCUGAAUGCACAGGCAGUUCUGAGUGCUCUCAAAACAAAGCUUGCAUUAAUAACAAAUGUGCCGAUCCCUGUCCAGGAUCUUGUGGCCAAAAUACAAAGUGCUUAGUCGUCGGUCACAAUCCAAUUUGUAGUUGUGCGAACGGAUAUACAGGCAAUCCCUUCAUCAAGUGCGAGAAGGAAGCUGUCACUCCCAGUCCUCCAUCACCGAGAGAAAGUCCUUGUACAUCUAAUAUUUGUGGACCAAACUCUCAGUGUCGGGAAAUUAACGGACAAGCCGCGUGUUCGUGUUUGAAGAACUUUAUCGGCAGACCACCAAAUUGCCGACCUGAGUGUUCGGAUAAUUCGGAAUGUGCCCCGUCGUCUGCCUGCAUAAAUCAAAAAUGCAAAAACCCCUGUCCAGGUGCUUGUGGAGAGAUGGCCAGAUGUUCGGUUCUUAACCACUUACCGGUUUGUUCCUGUCCAGAGGGUUACGAAGGCGAAGCGACCAUUCGAUGCUCAAUUCCUUUACCUCCUUCAACGGAACGUCCGAACCCUUGUGUACCGAAUCCUUGCGGACCAAACGCCCUUUGCCGGGAAAGAAGUAGAGCUGGAGCAUGUGUAUGUCCUCCAGAUUUUAUUGGCGAUCCUUACGAUCAGCAAAGAGGUUGUCAUCGUGAAUGUGAAAUAAGUAACGACUGUCCGACAAACUUGGCAUGUGUUGGUUUCAAGUGCAUUGAUCCUUGUCCUGGCGCCUGUGGAACUUUAUCUUUAUGCAACGUUCGAGAUCACGCUCCCUUAUGUUCCUGUCCACCUGGUUACAUUGGAGAUCCAACUUAUGCCUGCGAGCAAGAGAGAACUGUAAUUCCAAGCAAUCCAUGCUCACCAUCACCAUGCGGUCCGAACAGUAAAUGUCGAGAAAUCAAUGAACAACCUGUUUGCACGUGUCUACCAAACUACAUCGGUUCACCGCCAAAAUGCAAACCUGAAUGUCUCGCCAGUGGAGAAUGUCCAGUUCAUCUCGCCUGUGUAAACAAAAAAUGCGCCGAUCCAUGUCCCAACACUUGUGGCUUAAGAGCAAACUGCGAUACGAAAAAUCAUAUUCCAAUUUGCACUUGUCCUGGGGGAUUGACGGGAGAUCCAUUUAAAUUCUGCUUCCCGGUUGAAGAAGUUCUAACAACGGAGAAACCACCUUCAUGCACUCCAUCGCCAUGUGGUCCAAAUUCUCAGUGUCAAGUUAUUUCUGGAAUCCCUGCAUGUUCAUGUCUGCCAAAUUACAUUGGCAUACCUCCAAAGUGUCGACCUGAAUGCGUUAUAAGUUCGGAAUGUCCUAGUCAAUUGGCUUGCAUCAAUGAAAAGUGCAAAGAUCCUUGUGCUGGUUCUUGCGGCAUCAAUGCUCAGUGCCAUGUUUUAAAUCAUAUUCCCGUUUGUAAUUGCAUGGAAGACUACACUGGAGAUCCGUUCAAAUCCUGUUCACCAAUUCCAGCGACUACACCAGUAGUUAAAGACUUUAAUCCCUGCAAUCCUUCACCUUGCGGUGCGAAUGCCAUUUGCCGAAAUGGAGAAUGUACAUGUGAACCGGAAUAUUCAGGAAAUCCUUACGAGAGUUGCCGUCCAGAGUGCACAAUCAGCACGGAAUGUCCUCGCGACAAAGCAUGUUUGAAAUUCAAGUGCAAGGAUCCGUGCCCUGGAGUCUGUGGACAAUUUGCUCGCUGCGAUGUCAUCAACCAUAUUCCUGUUUGUCUGUGUCCUAACGAUUAUAUUGGAGAUCCUUUCGUAAGCUGUCGUCCAAAGCCCAAAGAACCAAUCAGAACGGAUCCAUGCUCACCAUCGCCAUGCGGUCCGAACAGUGACUGUCGCAAUAUUGCCAACAACCCAGUUUGCUCUUGCCUUCAAGGCUAUUUAGGAACGCCACCAUCUUGCCGACCUGAAUGUAUAGUAAGUCCGGAAUGUCCACCCACGAGAGCCUGUGUAAACAAAAAGUGUACAGAUCCCUGUUUGGGAGCUUGUGGAAUCAACGCCCGAUGUGAAGUGAUAAACCAUUCGCCAAUUUGCGGUUGUCUUCCUGGACAAUCUGGAGAUCCCUUCAGAAGUUGUCAGAAAAUUGAAGAAAUACCAGCGAUAAAAUCAGAUCCCUGCAACCCAUCACCGUGUGGGCCAAAUUCACACUGUCGAAAUGUCAACAAUAAUCCAGAUUGUUCUUGUCUUCCAUCGUACAUUGGAACUCCACCAAACUGCAGACCGGAGUGUGUCAUAAACCCCGAUUGUCCAUCAACAAGAUCUUGCAUUAAUUCAAAGUGUCUGGACCCUUGUCCCGGAUCCUGUGGAGAGAAUGCCGAAUGCAGAGUUAUCAACAAUGCUGUCAGCUGCUCAUGCUCUCCUGGCUUCACCGGAAAUCCGUUCGUUCAGUGCAUACGACAAACGAUAGACCUCAAUCCUUGCGAACCAUCGCCAUGUGGAACCAAUGCCGUGUGUCAAAGACGCGACAAUGUCGGUGCUUGUAUUUGCAUUGAAGACUAUCACGGCAAUCCAUACGAAGGUUGUCAACCAGAGUGCAUCCUCAGUGCUGAUUGUCCAACAAAUAAAGCUUGCAUUCGCAACAAGUGUGCAGAUCCUUGUCUUGGAAUUUGCGGAACUGAUGCUCUUUGCUCGGUUGUUAAUCACAUUCCAACGUGCACUUGCUUACCGGGCUUCAGUGGAGAUCCAUUCAUCACAUGUUCGCGGCAAACAGAAUAUCCUCCGGAUGUGACGCCUUGUGCUCCUUCUCCUUGCGGACCGAACAGUGUUUGUCGAGCGAUUAACGGACAAGCGGUGUGUUCCUGCGAAGACACUUACAUCGGUCCUCCACCGAACUGCCGUCCAGAAUGUGUCGUCAAUUCAGAAUGUCCUCAGAAUCGAGCUUGCUACAAAUACAAGUGCGCAGAUCCUUGUCCCGGAACUUGUGGUCUUGGAGCCCAUUGCCGAGUUAUCAAUCAUAAUCCACUUUGCAGUUGUCCUCCGGAUAUGACGGGAGAUCCGUUCAUAAGAUGUUAUCUUGAAAACCGUGAAAUACCUCCUUUGACAAAUCUCACCUUAAAUCCAUGUGUGCCAAGUCCUUGUGGACUGUAUUCGGAGUGUCGUCAAAUUGGACAGCAAGCUGUUUGUUCUUGUCAACGUGAUUACAUAGGAUCGCCUCCGAAUUGUCGUCCGGAAUGUUCUGUCAAUACGGAUUGCCCUUCAAAUCAAGCCUGCAUUUCUGAAAAAUGCAGAGAUCCUUGUAACGGAUCUUGUGGACAGAAUACUGACUGUCGUGUACAAAAUCACAUUCCCACGUGCCUUUGCCAAACCGACUACACUGGAGAUCCCUUCAAUCUCUGUACGCCCAUCAUAAAUGAACCACCACCACCUCUAAAUCCAUGUAGUCCAUCGCCUUGUGGAGCAAAUGCUGAUUGUAAUAACGGAAUUUGCACCUGUUUGCCUAAUUACUUUGGCGAUCCAUACACGAACUGCAGACCAGAGUGCACACUUAAUUCCGAUUGUCCUCGAACAAAAUCGUGUAUUAAUCAGAGAUGUGUGGACCCAUGCGUAAACACUUGUGGAUCUGGUGCUGAAUGCGAUGUUGUCAAUCACAUUCCCACGUGCAGUUGUUCUUCAGGAACAACGGGAAAUCCAUUCACUGGUUGUAGGAAAAUUGCUCCACCAGAAUUUAUGAAUCCAUGUACGCCAUCACCUUGUGGUCCGAACAGCAAUUGCAUUGUAGUUAGCGAACAUCCGGUUUGUUCUUGCCUAGCCAACUUUAUCGGUAGUCCACCAAAUUGCAGACCCGAGUGUGUUUCCAGCGCUGUUUGUCCACUAACGCAAGCUUGCCUAGCGAACAAAUGUCAAGAUCCUUGCCCUGGCACUUGUGGUCAAAAUUCAAAAUGCAUGACUGUUCAACACAAUCCGAUUUGUUCGUGUACUAAUGGCUUCACUGGCGAUCCAUUCAUCAGAUGUUAUCCGGAUGAGAAAAUUUCUGUGCCAAGUGAACCAUGCAAACCAUCGCCUUGCGGACCGAAUGCCGAGUGCCAUGUUCGUGGAGAAAGACCAGCAUGUUCCUGUUUGCCGAAUUACAUCGGACUUCCACCAAACUGCCGACCCGAGUGCACAAUUAAUCCAGAGUGUCCAUCGAAUCUUGCCUGCAUUCAGUUAAAGUGUAGUGAUCCGUGUGUGGGACGUUGCGGCUCCAACUCUCAAUGUUACGUCGUCAAUCACAAUGCAGUCUGCACGUGCAAUGAAGGUUUCAGCGGCGAUCCUUAUAACAGCUGCCAACCUUCCAUCAAGGAAAUCUACCCUCCUGAGAUGUUGACCCCCUGUUCACCAUCCCCCUGUGGUCCCAAUACCGUUUGCAAAGAUCAAAAUGGAGUAGGUUCCUGUUCGUGUGUACCUGAUUAUAUUGGAGACCCGUACGAAGGAUGUCGCCCCGAAUGUACAGUCGAUUCAAACUGUAUGUCAAACCUCGCCUGUAUGCGAUCAAAAUGCCAAAAUCCCUGUCCCGGAACGUGCGGUCAAGAUGCCCAAUGCCAGGUUGUUAAUCACUUGCCCAGGUGUUCAUGUAUCCCUGGAUUUACAGGAGACCCAUACCGUAAUUGCAUUGCCCCGCCACCAACUCCUAUUGAAAACGAUGAUCCUUGUGAACCUACACCAUGCGGACCAAAUAGUCAAUGCCGAGUUGUUAAUAAACAGGCAGUAUGCAGCUGCCUUCCUACCUAUUUAGGAAGCCCACCUGGAUGUCGUCCCGAAUGUGUUAUCAGCUCUGAAUGCGCCACAAACAGAGCUUGUAUUAAUCAAAAAUGUGCAGACCCAUGUAUUGGUCUUUGCGGUUUAAACACAGUUUGCCGAGUUGUAAACCAUAGUCCUAUUUGUGCCUGUAAUCCAGAUAACACAGGAGACCCCUUCACCAGAUGUUUCCCUAUACCAAAGCCCGUGAUAGACCCAACACAAACAUUAAACCCAUGCCUACCUUCUCCAUGUGGAUUAAACGCCGCAUGUCAAAAUAAUGGAGGUAUUCCUUCCUGUUCUUGUUUGCCCGACUACAUUGGAAGCCCACCUAACUGCAGAUCAGAGUGCACCAUAAACUCUGAUUGCCCAAGUGACAGAGCUUGUAUUUUGCAAAAAUGCAGAGACCCGUGUUUAGGUUCCUGUGGCGUUGGUGCCAUUUGUAAUAUUAAUAACCACAUCCCGGCCUGUACAUGUCCUGAAGGUAACACUGGAAAUCCAUUUAGCGACUGCCAACCUCUACCAACAGAGCCACUAGUCAAUGAAAUCACAACAGAUCGUUGUAACCCAUCCCCUUGCGGACCAAAUUCCCAAUGUGAUAACGGAAUUUGUACAUGUUUACCCGACUAUCAAGGAGACCCAUACAGCAUGUGCCGCCCAGAAUGUAUUCUAAAUACAGAUUGUGCUUCAAAUCAAGCAUGUAUUCGAAACAAGUGUACCAAUCCAUGUCCUGGAAUGUGCGCCCAAAAUGCCCAAUGUACGGUUUAUAAUCAUAUAGCAAUAUGCAACUGCCCAACGGGAAUGACAGGAAAUGCAUUUGUCAUGUGUUCAAUAUUGAGAGAACCUAUUUCAACAAAUCCAUGUAAUCCAACACCGUGUGGACCAAACAGUCAAUGUAAAGUCGUAAAUGAGCAACCAGUUUGCUCGUGCGUGCCAACUUUCCAAGGAAUUCCACCUACAUGUAGACCUGAAUGUACCAUUAGUUCUGAUUGUACCCGCGAUCUCGCUUGCAGCAAUCAAAGAUGUAUAAAUCCUUGUUCCGGAUCUUGCGGAAUUAGAACUCAGUGUCAAGUGAUCUCCCACAAUCCAAUUUGUAGUUGCCUACCAGGAAACACCGGCGAUCCGUUUGUCCAAUGUUACCCUAUGCCUGAUAAUCCACCUGAAGAUAAUGGAGAUCCAUGUUCUCCAUCACCUUGCGGUCAAAACUCACAAUGCAGAGUUGCAAAUAAUGCGCCAUCGUGCUCCUGCCUACCAGAAUUUUUAGGCACACCUCCAAAUUGCAGACCUGAGUGUAUUAGUAAUAGUGAAUGUCCCAAUCAGCAAGCUUGCGUUAACAGAAAAUGCAUUAACCCUUGUACUCAGUCUUGCGGUGCAAAUACAGAGUGUCGUGUUGUGAGUCAUACACCAAUGUGCAUCUGCAGUCCUGGAUUUACUGGUGAUCCAUUUACACAGUGUAUUCUUGAACAACCUGUCGUCGUUGACAAUCGAACGCCAUGUACACCAUCCCCAUGCGGAUCAAAUUCCCAGUGUAGAGAACAAAAUGGUGCUGGAGCAUGUAUAUGUUUACCGGAGUAUAUAGGAAAUCCCUAUGAAGGAUGUCGACCUGAAUGUACAAUUAAUUCUGAUUGUCCACAAAAUUUAGCUUGUGUAAGAUCUAAAUGUCAGGAUCCUUGUCCCGGCACAUGUGGACCAAAUGCUGAAUGCCAAGUAAUAAGUCACAAUCCCUCGUGCAAUUGCAUUUCUGGUUUUACUGGAGAUCCGUUCCGAAUUUGCAGUCCAUAUAAACAACCUGUCGUGGCAGACAAAGUAGAUCCAUGUUCUCGUUCCCCUUGUGGUCCGUACAGUCAAUGUCGGAAUGUAAACGAACAAAGUGUUUGUUCAUGUCUGCCUGGUUUUUCUGGCAGCCCACCUGGAUGUCGACCUGAGUGUGUUGUAAGCUCUGAAUGUUCACUAGACAAAGCAUGUGUAAACCAAAAAUGUAUAAACCCGUGUCCAGCCUCCUGUGGUCAAUCAGCGAACUGUAGAGUUAUUAACCACAGUCCCUUGUGCACUUGUAGAAACGGAUAUACUGGAGAUCCUCUCACAAUAUGCUUUAUUUUGCCAAAACCGAUAGUAGAUUCGAUUGAUCAAAAUCCAUGUGUACCUACACCAUGUGGACCAUUUUCAGAAUGUCGAAAUGUUAAUGAUUUACCUGCUUGUACAUGUUUGCCCUCAUAUAUCGGAUCACCGCCUAAUUGUAGACCUGAGUGUUCUAUCAAUUCAGACUGCCCAAGUAAUCAAGCUUGUAUAAAUCAGAAAUGCACAGAUCCAUGUCCAGGUUUGUGUGGAGUAUCAGCACAAUGUACAGUUCUUAACCACAUACCAUCUUGUGUUUGCAUUGAAGGAUUUACUGGUGAUCCUUUCGUGAAUUGUCUUCCAAAACCUCCACCUUCAAUUGAACAACCGAUAUCAGAUCCUUGUAAUCCAUCUCCUUGUGCAACAAACGCUGUAUGCAACAACGGUAUUUGUAGCUGUCAAACAGAUUAUACAGGAGAUCCUUACACAAGUUGUCGACCAGAAUGUGUCCUAAAUACCGACUGUACACAGAAUAGAGCAUGUCUUCGGAAUAAGUGUAUUGAUCCCUGUCUUGGAACAUGUGGUCAAGAUGCGCUUUGUAACGUUUUCAAUCAUGUUCCAAUGUGCACUUGUCCACCUGGCAUGGCAGGGAACGCUUUUCUAAUGUGUUCUCCUCAAAGAGAUCCAGUACAAGCUGACCCUUGUAAUCCAUCACCUUGCGGACCAAAUAGUCGAUGUAGACAAAUAAAUAGCCAAGCGGUUUGUACUUGUGUUGCUGGUUUCAUAGGAAGUCCGCCUUCCUGCAGACCAGAAUGUGCCGUUAGUUCAGAUUGUCCCAAAGACCGAGCUUGCAGCAACCAAAGAUGCGUUAAUCCAUGCGAAGGAUCUUGUGGCCUCCGAGCACAAUGUCAAGUUGUCAAUCAUAAUCCAAUUUGUAGUUGUCCCGACGGACUUUCUGGUUCUCCGUUUUCUGUUUGUGAAGUGAUCCCUGUUAGACCAAUUGUGAAUCCAUGCCAACCAUCUCCUUGUGGAGCGAACUCCCAAUGUAAUGUUAUCAAUGAUGCCCCAUCCUGUGCCUGUAUGUCAGGAUUUUUAGGUUCGCCACCAAAUUGCAGACCUGAAUGUGUCAGUAAUAGUGAGUGUCCUAGUCAAAUGGCCUGUAUUAAUGAAAAAUGUAGAGAUCCUUGUCCGGAAUCUUGCGGUACGAAUGCGGAAUGUAGAGUUGUAAGUCACUCUAUCAUGUGUUUGUGCUCUACGUCAUUUACAGGAGAUCCGUUUACACAAUGCACUCCCGAGCAACAAAUGAUUGUUGAAAAUGUAUCCCCUUGCACACCAUCUCCUUGUGGUGCUAAUGCCAUUUGUAAAGAGCAAGGAAAUGUCGGAUCUUGUUCCUGUCUACAAAACUAUUUAGGGAAUCCUUAUGAAGGAUGUCGACCAGAAUGUACUAUAAGUUCCGAUUGUCCUUCAAAUUUGGCUUGCAUACGAUCAAAAUGUCAAAAUCCGUGUCCUGGAACCUGUUCUCAAAAUGCUGACUGUUACGUUGCCAAUCAUCUACCUCAGUGUGUUUGUCUCACCGGAUUUUCUGGCGAUCCAUAUCGUUUAUGUUCUCCUGUUCAAAAUUCUGUAAUAGCAGAAGAUCAAACAGAUCCUUGUACUCCAACACCUUGUGGCUCUAACAGUUUAUGUCGAAAUAACAACGGACAAGCAGUUUGUAGUUGCCAACCACAAUAUUCCGGUAGUCCACCUUUUUGCCGUCCUGAGUGUACAAUUAGUUCAGAAUGUCCCAUGAAUACGGCAUGUAUAAAUCAAAAAUGUCAAGAUCCAUGCUCCAAUACUUGUGGAAGAAGUGCCGUUUGUACAGUAAGAAACCACAGUCCAAUUUGUAGUUGUCAAAAUGAAUUCACUGGGGAUCCAUUUAUUAGAUGUUUCCCUGUUCAAAAACCAGCCACACCAUCUACUGCGCAAAAUCCUUGCUUAUCAUCCCCCUGUGGACCAUUUUCGGAAUGCGUAGCAAUAGGAGAGAUAGCAUCAUGCGCUUGUCAGCAAUCUUACAUUGGAAGUCCUCCAAAUUGUAGACCUGAGUGUUCUAUAAACUCAGAUUGUAUAAGUAAUCAAGCCUGCAUACGAGAAAAAUGUAUAGAUCCUUGUCCUGGUUCCUGUGGAAUUUUAGCUCAAUGUUCAGUAAAUAAUCAUGUGCCCAUUUGUACUUGCCCAGAAGGAUACACGGGUGAUCCAUUUACCAACUGUGUAUUGCAACCUGUCACACCUGUACAAGAAAAUCCGGUGGAUCCGUGUAGUCAAUCACCUUGCGGAUCUAAUGCUAUUUGCGAUAACGGUUCUUGUGUUUGUCAAGAACAUUAUUUCGGAGAUCCAUUUUCUGGUUGUCGACCAGAAUGUGUCCUAAAUACCGACUGUCCGCAAAAUAGAGCAUGUCUUCGGAACCGAUGCAUUGAUCCCUGUCCUGGCACCUGCAGCCAAAAUGCCUUAUGUAACGUUUAUAACCAUAUUCCCAUGUGUACUUGUCCCACAGGCAUGUCAGGAAAUGCUUUCAUCUCCUGUUCACCAAUUAGAGAUCCCGUAGUUAACGUACAACCCUGUAACCCUUCACCAUGUGGUCCUAAUAGUCAAUGUCGAGAAAUAAAUGGCCAUAGUGUCUGCUCCUGCCUUUCUGGAUUUAUCGGAACUCCGCCAACUUGUAGAGCAGAAUGCAUUGUCAGUACCGACUGUCCUCCAAUAGAAGCUUGCAUUAAUCAGAAAUGCAGCAAUCCAUGCGAUCGAACAUGUGGCAUUUCUGCAUUAUGUCAAGUGGUCAGUCAUAAUCCUAUUUGUAGUUGUCCUGAAAGAAUGACUGGCAAUCCAUUCAUCAGAUGCAUACCAAUGCCAAUUGAGCAACCGAUUCAAGACCCAUGCCAACCAUCACCAUGUGGUCCAAACUCACAAUGUCAAGUAAUUAAUAACCAACCCGUGUGUUCCUGUAUGCCGGAAUUCUCUGGCUCUCCACCAUAUUGUAAACCAGAAUGCAUUAGUAAUGAUGAGUGUUCAAACAAACUUGCCUGCAUCAAUCAAUCAUGUAAAGAUCCUUGUGUUAAUUCUUGUGGCGAGAAUGCAGUUUGUAACGUUGUCACCCACAUUCCAAUUUGUAGCUGCGUUGCCGGCUUUACAGGAGAUCCAUUCACUCAGUGUAACACUCAACAACAAAUACCAAUUAAUUUACCACAACCGUGUAUGCCAUCACCAUGUGGUGCUAAUGCCAUUUGCAGAGAGAGAAAUGGUGCUGGUUCUUGUUCUUGUUUACCGGAUUAUAUUGGAGAUCCAUAUCAAGGUUGUCGUCCAGAAUGUGUAUUAAGUACAGAUUGUAUUCCAAGUAGAGCUUGCGUUAGAUCCAAAUGUCAAGACCCUUGUCCUGGUACUUGUGGACAAAAUUCUGUUUGCCAGGUUAUAAACCAUUCUCCAAUGUGCACUUGUCUUCCUGGAUUCACAGGAAACCCGUUCCGUUAUUGCAUUGAAGAACGAGAGCCAGUAGUAGCAGUUAAUCCCUGUCAGCCUUCACCAUGUGGACCAAAUAGUGUUUGUCGAGAAAAUAUGGAAAGUGCUGUGUGUUCGUGUCUGGCCAAUUUCAUUGGAACACCGCCUGGAUGUAGACCAGAGUGUGUUGCAAAUUCAGAAUGUCCUCUUUCGCAAGCUUGUGUCAAUCAAAAAUGCGUCAACCCUUGCCCUGCCUCAUGUGGCACGAAUGCCGAUUGUAGAGUUAUAAACCACAAUCCAAUUUGUGUGUGCAAAUCAGGUUUUUCUGGAGAUCCUUUCACGUUCUGUUUCGCAAUUCAACGCCCAAUGGAUACACAAAGUAUAACUCCGCUCAAUGUCUGCCUCCCAUCGCCUUGCGGACCAAAUUCUCUUUGCCGAGAUAAUGGAGGUAAUCCAUCAUGUUCUUGUGCAAUGAACUACAUUGGAGUGCCACCAAACUGUAGACCUGAAUGUACUGUCAACUCGGAUUGUCCAAUGAACCUUGCCUGCAUACGAGAAAAAUGCAGAGACCCAUGUCCUGGAGCAUGUGGCGUCGAUGCAAGAUGCAGUGUAGUUAAUCACGCUGCUAAUUGUGUAUGUCCUGAAGGAUUUAACGGCGAUGCCUUCACUGUGUGCCUCAUGAAUUCUGCAAUCACUACUGAUACCCCUGUCAUUGACGCAUGCAAUCCUUCACCAUGUGGACCAAAUACUAUCUGUCGUGAUGGAAUUUGUUCUUGUUUAUUCGAACUCAGAGGCGAUCCUUACAGCGGAUGUCGCCCUGAAUGUAUUGCUAAUGAUGAAUGUCCACUUAACCAAGCUUGUAUUCGAAUGAAAUGUACUGAUCCUUGUAUUGGAACUUGUGGACAAAAUGCUCAAUGUUCGACAAUAAAUCAUUUACCAAUAUGUUCGUGUCCUUCCGGCACGGAGGGAAAUGCUUUCGUUCUUUGUUCCUUGCGUCCAGCUACUUCUGUAACAACACCAUGUUCCCCUAACCCUUGUGGACCAAAUAGUCAUUGUCAAGCUGUUAAUGGUAUCUCUGUAUGUAAAUGUAUUGAAAGUUACACAGGAAGUCCACCAUUAUGUCGUCCUGAAUGUGUCGUAUCUUCUGACUGUCCUUCCGCUGCUGCAUGCGUAAACCAAAGAUGUACAAAUCCUUGUUUAGGUUCCUGUGGCUUAAAUGCCGAAUGUACAGUAGUAAAUCACAAUCCAAUAUGUAGUUGUCGUCAAGGUUUAACUGGAGAUCCCUUCAGAUCUUGCAUAACAGCCACAACCGAUGUGACUGUUAGACCUACUGAUCCUUGUAAUCCAUCGCCAUGUGGUUUACAAUCUCAAUGCCAAGUUAGGAACGGUUUACCAUCUUGCGCUAAUUUACCAGUUACAGCAGAUUCACUAGAAUGCAUUAGUAACAAUGAGUGUAGCUCUAGAGAGGCUUGUAUUAACCGGAGAUGUUCAGAUCCAUGUCCAGGUUCCUGUGGCCUCAAUACGGAAUGUCGCGUUUUUAGUAAUACUCCAAUGUGCUUAUGUAACGCAGGCUUUACUGGAGAUCCUUUCAUUCGAUGUACCCCUAUUCAGAACACGGAAUCUAAACCAUGUACACCAACACCAUGCGGUGCAAAUGCCAUUUGUAGAGAAUCAGGACAAGCUGGAUCCUGUUCUUGUUUACCAGAUUAUAUUGGAAAUCCUUAUGAAGGAUGCAGACCUGAAUGUGUAAUAAAUUCGGAUUGUUCGGCAAAUCUAGCGUGCACGAGAUCCAAAUGUCAAGACCCUUGUCCAGGAACGUGUGGUCAGAAUGCCCUCUGUCAAGUCAUAAACCAUUCUCCAGUUUGCACUUGCAUUCAGGGCUUUGUAGGAGAUGCUUUCCGAAUUUGCACCCCAAUGCCUAUUAGUAAGCCUGUUUUCUUGAUUCUUUCCUUUGGAUUUAUUUACCAAUGUAUAUAUUUCUUAAAUUAUAAUCAUUUUCCUAUAGCUGCAGAAAAUCCAACAAACCCUUGCAGUCCUACUCCAUGUGGACAAAAUAGUGAAUGUAGAAUUAAUAAUAAUCAAGCUGUCUGUUCUUGUCUACCUACAUAUAUUGGUAGUCCGCCUCUUUGUCGUCCGGAGUGUAUUGUUAGUGCUGAUUGUUCAACAUCGUUAGCCUGUGUUAAUCAAAAAUGCUCCAAUCCAUGUACCCAAUCUUGUGGGUUGAACACUGACUGUCGUGUUAUUAAUCAUAGCCCUGUCUGCUUCUGUAAGAACGGAUUUACUGGAGAUCCAUUUUCGAGAUGUUUCUUUAAUAACGAAUCCACACAAGCGGUAUUGUCAGAUAGAGAUCCUUGUGUUCCAUCUCCUUGUGGUGCUAAUGCUUUAUGUCAAAGAGUAGGAGCCACACCAGCGUGUUCAUGUGCAGCGAACUAUUUCGGAAGUCCUCCCAAUUGCCGCCCAGAGUGCACAAUAAAUACCGACUGUCCUAGCAAUAGAGCGUGCAUGCAAGAACGUUGCAACGAUCCUUGUCUGGGUUCUUGUGGGUUUGAAGCAGAAUGCUUGGUUUUAAAUCACAUUCCAAAUUGUAGGUGUCGUGAUGGUUUUACCGGUGAUCCAUUUAUGCAAUGCAAUCUAAUACCUCCACAGCAACCUGUAAUUGAGGAAAAUCCCUGUCUACCAUCUCCUUGUGGAGCUAAUGCAAAUUGUAACGAUGGUGUUUGUACCUGUUUCUCAAAUUACAUUGGAAAUCCAUACACUGGAUGUAGACCGGAGUGUAUCAUUAAUACAGAUUGUCCUCGAGACAGAGCUUGUUUGCGUAAUCAGUGUCAAGAUCCUUGUCCAGGAACUUGCGCGUCUAAUGCAGUAUGUAACGUUAUAAAUCAUAUACCAAUGUGUAGUUGUCCGACCGGAUUCGAAGGAAAUGCUUUCGUGAUGUGUACAUCUGUUCAAGUACCUGCUGUAUCCCCAUGUGCCGUAUCACCUUGUGGACCGAAUAGUGUUUGUCGAGAAAACAAUGGUCAAGCAGUAUGCUCUUGCAUCUCAGGAUACUUAGGAAGUCCACCAACUUGCCGACCUGAAUGUACUCUGAAUUCUGAUUGUCUUUUAACUCAAGCUUGUGUUAAUCAAAAGUGUCAGAAUCCAUGCACAGGAGCAUGUGGCUUAAGAGCAGACUGUAGAGUUAUAAAUCACAAUCCAGUGUGUCAAUGUCCAUCAGCAUUUAUUGGAGAUCCAUUCAUUCAGUGUAUACCCAAACCUCCAGAGCCAGUAAUAAUUAAUCCAUGCCAACCAUCACCUUGUGGACCAAAUGCACAAUGCCAAGUUGUUAAUGGUAUCUCCUCAUGUUCUUGUUUACCAAACUUUAUAAAUUCUCCACCAAACUGUCGACCUGAAUGCAUCAGCAAUAGUGAAUGCCCGACAAAUCAAGCGUGCAUUAACCAGAAGUGUACAGACCCUUGUCUUAACUCUUGUGGAACUAAUGCGCAAUGUAGAACUGUGAGCCAUAUUCCAAUGUGUUUCUGCAGUGAAGGAUUUUCAGGAGAUCCAUUUACACAGUGUACUCUUCAAACAAUUCUUCCAAUAGAAAUUAAACUAACUCCUUGUACACCAUCACCUUGUGGUUCCAAUGCCAUGUGUACUGAAGAGAAUGGCGCGGGAGCUUGCUCUUGCCUUCCAAGUUAUUUCGGAAACCCAUAUGAAGGAUGUAGGCCAGAGUGUGUACAAAAUUCGGACUGUUCCUUAAAUCGUUCCUGCGUCAACUCUAGAUGCGUCGAUCCAUGUCCAGGAACUUGUGGCUUAAAUGCCGAAUGCUUUGUAACCAAUCAUCUUGCAACAUGCUCCUGUAUUGCUCCUUUUACUGGAAAUCCGUACAGUAAUUGCAUUUUGAAAGAAGAUGUUCAACCAGAUAACUCAGAUCCCUGUGCUAGUUCUUUCUGUGGACCGAAUAGUCAAUGCCGAGUGAAUAACCAGGUGGCAGUUUGCUCAUGUCUUCCCGAUUUUCGUGGAACUCCACCCGGUUGUAGGCCGGAAUGUGUCAGUAGUUCGGAGUGUCCCACAGACAGAUCAUGUACAAACCAAAAAUGCGUUAAUCCAUGCCCGGCUUCUUGUGGACAGAAUACACUCUGCAGAAUAAUAAACCAUGCACCACUAUGCAAUUGUGCUCCAGGAUUUACUGGAGAUCCUUUUACAAUAUGUUUUGCUGUUCCCAAUGCCCCCGCCAUAAUAGACGAUAAUUCUGACCCUUGUACUCCGAAUUCUUGCGGAUCUUUUUCGGAAUGUCGAAACAUAAGAGGAAUAGCAUCUUGUACUUGUAUGCAAAAUUAUAUAGGUUCUCCGCCAAAUUGCCGUCCUGAAUGUACAAUAAACUCUGAAUGUCCCAGUAAUCAAGCUUGUAUUCGGGAAAGAUGUAGAGAUCCUUGUCCGGGAUCGUGUGGACUUUCAGCGCAGUGUAAUGUCGUUAAUCACAUUCCAAUUUGUUCUUGUCUAGAAGGAUAUACUGGUGAUGCUUUCCAACAGUGUGUCUUAUUAACUGUAGAACUGCCAUCAAUUUCUGAAACAAACCCUUGUAUUCCUUCGCCUUGUGGAACAAAUACACGCUGUGACAAUGGACAAUGCUCUUGCUUACCUGAAUAUCAGGGUAAUCCCUACAUAGGUUGUCGUCCGGAAUGUGUCAUGAAUACUGAUUGUCAAAUGAAUUUAGCUUGUAUCAGAAAUAAGUGCACCGACCCUUGUGUCGGAACUUGUGGCCAAAGAGCUGUUUGCAAUGUUUUUAAUCACAUUCCUAUGUGUACGUGUUCCCCAGGAAUGACAGGCAAUCCAUUCGUGUUGUGUUCAACUCUUCGGGUUCCAGUCAGAGACGAUCCUUGUAAUCCAUCUCCCUGCGGUUCCAACAGUCAAUGUAGAGAAAACAACAAUCAAGCCGUUUGUUCAUGUCUCUCUGGAUUUAUUGGAGCACCACCCACCUGUAGACCAGAAUGUUCCGUUAGCUCAGAUUGCCCUCAGAACGAAGCAUGUAACAAUCAAAGAUGUAUUGACCCUUGCCCUGGCUCUUGUGGUAUUCAAGCCGAAUGCAAAGUCAUUAAUCACAAUCCAGUCUGCAGUUGUCCCGAAAGAAUGACAGGCAACCCAUUCAUUCAGUGUUUUACUAAUCCGCCUACUCCUCCACCUGUUGUGAAUCUUUGUGAUCCUUCACCCUGUGGACCGAAUUCACAAUGUCAAGUAAUCAAUGAAUCUCCCUCAUGUUCAUGCCUUCCGGAAUUUAUCAGUUCACCACCAAAUUGUAGACCGGAGUGCAUUAGCAACAGUGAUUGUGCAAAUCAGCUUGUUUGUGUAAACAGCAAGUGUCAAAAUCCUUGUCCGGGAUCUUGUGGUUUGAAUGCCAGAUGUCACGUUGUCAGUCACACGCCAAUGUGUGUUUGUCCAACGGGAUAUACCGGAGAUGCAUUUACUGCAUGUGUCCUGAUGCAAUUCGAAAGACCAGUGGAAUCAGUAAAUCCUUGUAUGCCAUCCCCCUGCGGUACCAAUGCGGAAUGCAAAGUUCAGCAAAAUGCUGGAUCCUGCAGUUGUUUAGCAAAUUAUAUUGGAAACCCCUAUGAAGGAUGCAGACCCGAAUGUGUCUUGAAUUCCGAUUGUCCAUCAAACCUCGCGUGCAUUGGUUCUAGGUGUACAGAUCCUUGUCCUGGAACUUGUGGGCAGAAUGCGCGAUGUUAUGUCCUUAAUCAUUCACCCACUUGCCUUUGUAUUGAACAAUUUACUGGAAAUCCACUUAUCCGUUGUCAACAAAUUUUACCACUACAAACGGAAUCGGAGAUGAGUUUAUCUUGUCAAACCUGUGGACCUUACAGUCAAUGUCGGGUCAUAAAUUCCCAAUCGGUCUGCUCUUGUCUGCCUACAUUCAUGGGAAGUCCACCAAAUUGUAAACCUGAAUGUAGCGUGAGUGCAGAUUGUGCAGCAAAUCGAGGCUGCGUUAAUCAAAAAUGUGUUGAUGUUUGUGCAAACACUUGUGGUCAAAAUACCAUAUGCAGAGUAUUAAAUCAUAGUCCAUUUUGUUCCUGUAGAUCAGGAUUCACAGGCGAACCAUUCUCAAGUUGUUUCCCCUUACCAAUUGUGCAAUCACCUCCGGAUGAACCAAGAGACCCAUGUUAUCCAUCUCCAUGCGGACCAUUUUCACAAUGUCAAAAUAUUAACGGAAUACCUUCCUGUUCUUGCCUACCCUCUUACAUGGGAAGUCCACCCACUUGCCGUCCAGAAUGUACAAUUAAUUCAGAUUGUCCCAGCACAAGAGCAUGUAUUAACGAACGUUGUCAAGACCCGUGUCUAGGAUCAUGUGGAUUGAAUGCAAUUUGCAACGUUUUCAAUCACAUUCCCAGUUGUAAUUGCAUGCAAAGUUAUUCAGGAGAUCCAUUUACAGGCUGUACUUAUCAACCACCACAAACGAGCCCAAUUGAAACUGAUCCAUGCAACCCAUCUCCUUGUGGAGCUAAUACAAGAUGUGAUAAUGGAUCAUGCUCAUGUUUACCGGAAUAUUUUGGCAAUCCUUUAAUUGGUUGUAGACCAGAAUGCGUACUAAACACAGACUGUGCGCAGAAUAGAGCAUGUGUUCAAAAUAAAUGUGCGGAUCCCUGUACAAAUGCUUGUGGAUCAGGUGCUCUUUGCAACGUUUUCAAUCACAUACCAAUGUGUACUUGCCCUUCAGGAACGACUGGAAGUGCCCUAAUUAUUUGCCAAAACGUGAAAGCCCCAUCUACUGUCCAACCAUGCAGCCCGUCACCAUGUGGACCCAAUAGUGUAUGCCGUGAGGUGAACGACCACUCUGUUUGUACUUGUGCUCCCGGAUAUUUAGGAAACCCUCCGAUGUGCCGACCUGAAUGUAUCGUAAGUUCAGAUUGUCCCAGAAAUCAAGCAUGCACCAACCAGAAAUGCGUUGAUCCUUGUCUUGGAACGUGCGGCUUACAAGCCAAAUGUGAAGUGAUCAAUCACAAUCCAAUUUGUUCGUGUCCUGAACGUUUCACUGGAAACCCCUUCACCAGAUGUUUUGUACAACCGGAAGCACCAGCGGAAUCGAAAAACCCUUGCCAACCAUCGCCUUGUGGUCCCUAUUCGACUUGCCAAGUUGUAAAUAAUGCUCCUUCUUGUUCAUGCCAACCACAAUAUGUCGGAUCUCCUCCAAAUUGUAGACCUGAAUGUAUCAGUAAUUCUGAAUGCCCCAGUAAUCAAGCGUGCCUUAAUGAAAAAUGCAGAGAUCCUUGCCCUGGAUCUUGUGGAGCGAACGCGGAAUGUAGAGUAGUCAGUCACACGCCUAAUUGUAUGUGUGUCAGUCCCUUUAGCGGAGACCCAUUCGUGCAGUGUCUACAAUUACCAACUGCAAGGCCCAACGAACCUCCCGCCUCUCCUUGUAUACCAUCUCCAUGUGGCGCAAAUGCCAUUUGCAAAGAAUCAAAUAACGCAGGAUCAUGCACAUGUCUCCCUGACUAUAUUGGCAAUCCUUAUGAAGGUUGCCGACCCGAAUGUGUAAUAAACUCUGACUGUCCAUCUAACCAAGGAUGCCUACAAUCGAGAUGUAGAGACCCAUGUCCUGGAGUUUGUGCUCCAAAUGCUGAAUGCGUAGUCAUUAAUCACUUACCAACAUGUAGCUGCCGUGCACAAUUCACGGGCGAUCCUUUCACUUUCUGUAAUUUAAUGACAAUCGCCGAUGAACAAAAAGAUGUCUGCAACCCAACGCCUUGUGGACCAAAUAGCCUAUGUAGAGAUGUCAAUGGUCAAGCAGUUUGCAUUUGCCAACCUAAUUUUGUAGGCAGCCCACCAGGAUGUAGACCUGAGUGUCUUUCAAGUUCGGAAUGUACAGCAGAACUAGCGUGUAUCAAUCAAAAAUGCGCUAAUCCUUGUCCUAGUCCUUGUGGUAUCGGUACCCAAUGUGUUGUCGUGAAUCAUAGUCCUAUUUGUUCAUGUAACACAGGAUAUAGCGGAGAUCCAUUCACUAGAUGUUCACCUAUUCCACCGCCAAUGAUAACGAAUCCUGUUAGAUCAGAUCCAUGUGUACCUUCUCCUUGCGGUAGCUUCUCCCAAUGUCGAGACAUUGGAGGAGUUCCCGCUUGUACAUGUCUACCAAAUUACAUAGGACAACCACCUAAUUGUAGACCGGAGUGCACUAUUAAUUCUGAAUGUUCAAGUAACAUGGCUUGCAUGAAUGAAAAAUGUAGAGAUCCUUGUCCGGGAUCUUGUGGCUUUGGUGCCAGAUGUAUGGUCACGAAUAACAUACCAAUAUGUAAUUGUCUUGAAGGAUAUACUGGAAAUCCGUUUGAGAAUUGCAAUGUGCUAGCAAUAUCCGCUGUGGCAGCUCCAAUAGAUAGAUGUAAUCCUUCACCUUGUGGUGCCAACACCCAAUGCAAUAAUGGAGAAUGUACUUGUUUACCGGAAUUCCAAGGAAAUCCUUUAGCCGGUUGUCGACCUGAAUGUGUCUUAAAUUCUGAUUGUCCCAGAGACAGAGCCUGUUUACGAAGUAAAUGUGUAAAUCCCUGCAUUGGUGCUUGUGCAAAUGUUGCUCUUUGUACAGUAAUUAACCAUGUGCCAAUGUGCAGUUGUCCAGCAAAUAUGACUGGAAAUGCUUUCAGUCAAUGCUCACCUUUGAUGGAUCAAAAUCCAGUUAAUCCAUGCAGUCCAUCACCUUGCGGAUCCAACAGUGAUUGUCGUGUGGUAAACGGACACGCUGUGUGCUCAUGUAUUUCAGGCUUCUUAGGAAGUCCUCCUUUAUGUAGACCAGAGUGUGUAGUUAGUACUGACUGUCCGCAAAAUGAAGCCUGUUCUAAUCAAAAAUGUGUAGAUCCUUGUCCUGGUACUUGUGGAAUAAGAGCCAAUUGCGAAGUUGUAAAUCAUAGUCCAAUUUGCAGUUGUCCGUCUAGAUUCGAAGGAGAUCCAUUUAUUAGAUGCGUACCAACACCUGAUGAACCAACAAAGCCAAUAAAUCCUUGCCAACCGUCACCAUGCGGUCCAAAUUCGCAGUGCCAAGUAAUAAAUAAUUCACCUACAUGCACAUGCAUGAAUGGAUUUAUUAAUUCGCCACCAAAUUGUAGACCAGAGUGCGUUAGUAACACUGAAUGUUCUCGUCAAUUAGCAUGUAUUAACCAAAAGUGCAGAAACCCUUGUAUAGAUUCAUGUGGUGCAAAUGCAGAGUGUCACGUUGUUAGUCACACUGCGAUGUGCACCUGUUUGCCUAAUUACACUGGAGAUCCUUUCACGCAAUGCGUUAUUAGAGACACUUCAGUUGCUCCACCUGUAAGACCUUGCAGCCCCUCUCCCUGCGGAUCGAAUGCCAUUUGUACUGAGCUUAAUGAAGCUGCAUCAUGUAACUGUAUUUCUAAUUAUAUUGGUAAUCCGUACGAAGGAUGCCGACCAGAAUGUGUAUUAAAUUCAGAUUGCCCCUCGAAUCAAGCAUGUGUAAACUCAAGAUGUAAUGAUCCCUGUCCUGGAACUUGUGGAAUGAACGCGGAAUGUCUAGUCAUAAACCAUCUACCAACGUGUUCCUGUAAUCCACAAUUUACGGGGGAUCCUUUCACUUAUUGCAGAAUUCUUCCCGCAGAACCAGUUACAGCAUCUCAGCCAUGUAGUCCGUCCCCCUGCGGUCCUAAUAGUCAAUGUCGAGAAAUAAAUGGACAAGCUGUCUGUUCCUGUUUAACAGGAUUCCUAGGUCAACCACCAGGAUGCCGACCUGAAUGUACCAUAAACUCUGAAUGUGGCUCUACCAAAGCUUGCAUAAAUAGAAAAUGCACCGAUCCUUGUAUUGGAACAUGUGGCCUAAGUGCCAGAUGUGAAACAAUCAACCACAGUCCCAUUUGCUCAUGCCCGGCUAGAUUCACCGGUGAUCCAUUUGUUAAUUGUUUCCAAACACCAAUUGACAUUCAAGUGGCACAAGGAAGCCAAGUAGAUCCGUGUAUGCCAUCUCCUUGUGGUCCAAAUUCUGAGUGUAGAAAUAUAAACGGUCAAGCUUCGUGUGCUUGUUCAGUUAAUUUUAUUGGCAGCCCGCCAAAUUGUAGACCUGAAUGUACUAUAAACUCCGACUGUCCCAGUAAUGAAUCAUGCUUCCAAUCGAAAUGUAGAGAUCCUUGUCCUGGCUCUUGCGGGUUAGGUGCAGAAUGCACAAUCGUUAAUCAUACACCAAAUUGUGCUUGUCUAACCUCGUACACUGGAAAUCCGUUUACUAGGUGCACUCCAAUUUUGCAAACUCCUGCAGAACCGAAGCCUUUCAGUCCUUGUGAUAAUUGCGGUGCAAACACUGAAUGCGUUACAGGAACUUGUACAUGUUUACCGGAAUUUAGAGGCGAUCCUUAUUCAGGUUGUCGCCCUGAAUGUGUCAUCAAUUCUGAUUGCCUCAGAUCUCAGGCUUGUUUAAGAAACAAAUGCGUUGAUCCAUGCAUUGGUACUUGUGGAUUCAAUGCUUUAUGCUCAGUCGUCAAUCAUGUUCCUAUCUGCACCUGUUCGAGUAACAUGACCGGAAACGCUUUUGUAUCAUGUUCUCAAAUCAUAGAUUCUCCUUUACAAGAUCCAUGUAAUGUGUCACCUUGCGGACCGAAUAGUCAAUGUAGAAAAAUUAAUGAACAAGCUGUAUGCACUUGUGUCCCGGGAUUUUUAGGAGUUCCACCAAAUUGUAGACCCGAGUGUACAAUCAGUUCUGAUUGUCGUGCUGAUUUAGCUUGUAGUAAUCAGAGAUGCAUUGAUCCAUGUCCUGGAACUUGUGGCAUUAGAGCCCAAUGUAAAGUUAUCAAUCACAACCCACUUUGUACUUGUCAGGGAGAUUUGACAGGCGAUCCGUUUAUCGCUUGCUUCCCUCAACCAGUUAGACCGCCAGUGACUCCUACUAAUCCAUGUGAUAAUUCACCUUGUGGUCCGAAUUCGCGAUGUGAAGUAGUGAACAAUUUAUCUUCUUGCUCUUGUUUAGCCGAUUUCUCAGGAACACCUCCAAAUUGUAGACCAGAAUGUGUUAGCAACAAUGAAUGUGAAAACCAAUUAGCUUGCAUUAAUAGAAAAUGUAGAAACCCAUGUCCAGGUUUGUGUGGUUCAAACACUGAUUGUAGAGUGGUUAGUCAUACGCCCAUGUGUGUUUGUAUAGCAGGAUAUACCGGAGAUCCGUUCACCCAGUGCUCUUUAAGACCAAUGGAUACACCUAUUGAAAGACCAACACCGUGCAUUCCAUCACCUUGUGGUUCUAAUGCAAUUUGUCGAGAAUCAAAUGGAGCAGGAUCCUGCUCCUGUGUAGAUAAUUAUAUUGGAAAUCCUUACGAAGGAUGUAGGCCCGAAUGUACCGUAAAUUCCGAUUGUACCUCAGAUCGAGCCUGCAUUAGAUCAAAGUGUCAAAAUCCAUGUCCAGGAACUUGUGGCACAAACGCAAUCUGCCAAGUCAUUAAUCAUUUACCAGUUUGUUUAUGUCAAUCCGGUUACUCUGGUAACCCUUUUACUUACUGUAGCCGAAUUAUCGAAAGUCCCCUAGUCAAUGAUGUGUGCAAUCCGUCUCCUUGUGGACCAAAUAGUCAAUGUCGUGUAUCAAAUGGUCAAGCUGUUUGUUCUUGUAUGCCUACAUUUAACGGAAGUCCCCCGGCGUGCAAACCAGAAUGCACUGUUAGUACCGAAUGUCCUGUGAAUCGUGCCUGCGUUAAUAGAAAAUGCAGUGAUCCUUGUCCCGGAGUUUGUGGAAUUGAUUCUCAAUGCGUCGUUAAUAACCAUAGUCCAAUUUGUAGUUGUAAUGCUGGAUCAACUGGUGAUCCCUUCAUAAGAUGUUUCCCUCUUCCUCCUCUAUCAACGAGUCCUGUAGUUGUCGACCCAUGCGUUCCAUCGCCAUGUGGUUUAUUCUCAAUGUGCAGAGAUAUUGGAGGUUUGCCAACUUGUUCGUGUAUGGCUAAUUAUAUCGGAUCUCCACCAAACUGUCGACCAGAAUGUACAAUUAAUUCCGAAUGCACCAGUAAUAUGGCUUGUUUACAACAGAAGUGUUCAGAUCCAUGCCCUGGAUCUUGUGGACUUAGUGCUUUUUGUAACGUUGUGAAUCAUUUAGCUACUUGUUCAUGUCCUGAAGGCUACUCUGGUGAUCCAUUUAGAAGUUGUACUCCAACGCCUGUUACGGCAGUGAGACCAACUGAUCUCUGCAAUCCAUCUCCUUGUGGAUCGAACGCUAUAUGUCGUAAUGGAUCAUGUUCUUGUUUGCCUGAUUAUCUUGGAGAUCCGUAUGUAUCCUGUCGACCGGAAUGUGUCCAAAGUACAGAUUGUGAAUCAACUAGGGCUUGUAUUCGGAACAAAUGUACUGAUCCCUGUCCGGGUGCUUGUGGACAAAGAGCUGAAUGCAAUGUUUUCAAUCGUAUAUUAAUGUGCUCUUGCCCUGUCGGUAUGACAGGAAAUGCAUUUAUCGCUUGCAGUCCAGUGGAACCGACAAUUGUAAAGAGUCCUUGUAAUCCAUCUCCGUGCGGACCAAACAGUAGAUGUCAAGCGAUCAAUGAACAGCCAGUUUGUACGUGUAUUGAAGGUUUUACUGGUAGUCCUCCAGGUUGUCGUCCAGAAUGUACAAUUAACUCUGAUUGUCCAUUAAGUCAAGCUUGUGUUAAUCAAAACUGCAGAGACCCUUGUCCUGGAAGUUGCGGUAUAUCAGCUAAAUGUCAAGUCAUAAAUCAUAAUCCCAUCUGCAGUUGUCCUUCAAUCUUCACUGGUGAUCCAUUUAUUCGAUGCUUCCCAAGACCCGAGGAACCCGUAGAAGCAACAAAUCCCUGUCUACCAAAUCCAUGCGGUCCCAGCUCACAGUGCCAAUUAAUUAAUAAUUUACCGUCUUGCUCAUGUCUUCCCAAUUUUAUCGGAUCGCCACCAAAUUGUCGACCAGAGUGCAUCAGUAACGGCGAAUGUGCGAGUCGACUAGCGUGCAUCAAUAACAAAUGUAGAGAUCCUUGUCAAGAUUCAUGUGGGUCCAAUGCUCAAUGUAAUGUUGUGAAUCAUGUUCCCGUGUGCUCAUGUAUUGCCGGAUUCACUGGAGACCCAUUCGUGCAGUGCAAUGUCAGACAACCAGAAAUAGUAGCACCAGUUCAGCCUUGUGUUCCAUCCCCCUGUGGAUCCAAUGCGGAGUGUAGAGUUCAGAAUAACAUUGCCACGUGUUCAUGCAUAACAGAAUAUAUCGGAAAUCCAUACGAAGGUUGUCGUCCAGAAUGUACCAUAAAUUCAGAUUGUCCCGCGAAUAUGGCAUGUAUCAGAUCUAAAUGUCAAAAUCCUUGUCUUGGCUUGUGUCCUGGAAGGAACUCCUACUGCCAAGUAGUAUCGCACUUACCAAUUUGUAGUUGCCUGCCAGGAACCACUGGAGAUCCGUUCGUUAGUUGCGCAUAUCAGAUCGAGGAUUCUUCAGUAACACCUUGUGAACCUUCACCAUGUGGACCAAAUAGCGUUUGUAGAGUUAAUCAAAAUCAAGCCACUUGUACUUGCUCACAAGGAUUCUUUGGAAGUCCUCCAAAUUGUAAGCCAGAGUGUCUUGUUAGUUCUGAAUGUAGAUCGAAUCUUGCCUGCAUCAAUCAGAAAUGCGUCAAUCCUUGCAAUGGACUUUGUGGAAUUGACGCCGAAUGUAGAGUUAUAAAUCAUAGUCCAAUGUGCAGAUGUUUGGAAGCUCAGACCGGUGAUCCAUUCAUUCGAUGUUUUCCUGCACAAGUUACAAUGGAGGAUGUUACUAGAGACCCUUGCUUGCCUUCUCCUUGUGGACCAAAUGCUAUUUGCAGAACUGUUGGCAGCAGCGCAGUUUGUGCUUGUCUUCAAAAUUACAUGGGUUCACCUCCCAAUUGCCGCCCGGAAUGUUCCAUUAAUUCUGAUUGUACAUACGACAAAGCUUGCAUGAGGGAAAGAUGUAGAGAUCCUUGCCCGGGAUCUUGCGGUUUUGGAGCUCGUUGUGCUGUUGUAAAUCAUACACCAAGUUGUUCUUGUCCCGAAGGUUUCACUGGUGAUCCUUUCACCAAUUGUAUUUCCACACCACCACCACCAACAAAAACACCUUCUGAUCCAUGUAAUCCAUCACCUUGUGGAUCUAAUACACAGUGCCGUAACGGAUUAUGUACAUGCUUGUCAGAAUAUUCAGGAGAUCCUUAUUCUGGCUGUAGACCUGAGUGCGUCAUAAAUCCGGACUGUCCUCGUAAUCGAGCAUGCAUAAGAAAUAAGUGUAUAGAUCCCUGUGUCGGUACUUGCGGUACGAAUGCAGAAUGUAUCGUUGUAAACCAUCUUCCAAUGUGCAGUUGCCCACAAAACAUGUCUGGAAAUGCAUUCAAUCUUUGUUCACCAAUAGAACCUGUCGUAACAGAACCGUGCAAUCCAUCACCUUGUGGACCUAAUAGUCAUUGUCGGACUGUUAAUGGACAACCUGUUUGUAGCUGUAUUUCUGGCUAUAUAGGAGCACCACCUUCAUGUAGAUCUGAGUGUGUCGUUAACUCAGACUGUUCUCGAGACAGAGCCUGCGUUAAUCUAAAGUGUAUUAAUCCUUGUCUAGGAUCUUGUGGUUUUGAAGCUCUAUGUUCGGUUAUUAAUCAGAAUCCUGUUUGCUCUUGCCCUGCAGGAUUCACUGGAGAUCCGUUUAAAUAUUGUUAUAGACAACCUGCUCAACCAGUUGUGCCACGAAACCCAUGUCAACCGAAUCCCUGUGGUCCGAACUCACAAUGUCGAGAAAUUAAUCAAUCUCCCUCUUGUUCAUGCUUACCUAACUUUAUCGGAUCACCACCAAGUUGCCGACCUGAAUGUAUCAGCAGCAGUGAAUGUUCCAAUAAUCUCGCCUGCAUAAACAAUAAAUGUGCUGAUCCAUGUCCAGGAAUUUGUAACGUAAACGCCGAAUGUAAAACGAUUAAUCAUAUUGCAAUGUGUACAUGCCUACGUGGGUUCAUUGGAGAUCCGUUUAUACAAUGUUCCCCAGAAAGAAUACAGACUCAGGUUAAUGUUACAAGUGCCUGUCAAAGAAAUCCCUGUGGCGCAAAUGCCAUUUGUCGAGAACUUUCAGGAUCUAGUAUUUGCACCUGCUUGACAGAUUUUUAUGGAAAUCCGUACGAAGGUUGUAGACCCGAAUGUGUAAUUAAUUCCGAUUGUCCAUUAGAUAGAACUUGCAUUCGUAGCAAAUGUCAAGACUCAUGUCCGGGAAGCUGUGGACAAAAUACCAUGUGCCAAGUUGUUAAUCAUGUGCCAAGCUGCACUUGUAUUCCUGGAUAUACCGGUAAUCCCUUCCAAUACUGCAAUCUAAUACAAAUGCAACGUCCUGCUGAUGUGUGCAAUCCAUCACCUUGUGGUCCCAACAGUCAAUGUCGAAAUAAUAAUGGACAAGCCAUUUGCACAUGUUUGCCGACAUUUAUAGGUAAUCCACCGGCUUGCAGACCGGAAUGUACUGUCAGUGCGGAAUGUCCAGUUUCUCGUGCUUGCGUCAAUCAAAAGUGCGUUGAUCCCUGUCAAGGAAUUUGUGGUAUAGGCGCAGAAUGUAGAGUAGUAUUCCACAGUCCCCUUUGUGGUUGUAAAUCUGGACAAACCGGAGAUCCGUUUGUUAGGUGCUUCGAAUUGCUUCAGCCUUUGAGAGAACCUGUAAGUCCAUGUCUGCCGUCACCCUGUGGACCAUUUGCUCAGUGUAUGGAUAGAGGUGGCUACUCUUCGUGUUCCUGCUUGGACAGCUACGUUGGAUCGCCACCCAACUGUAGACCUGAGUGUACAAUAAAUUCUGAUUGUAUUAGUAAUAAAGCAUGUAUCAACAUGAAAUGUCAAGAUCCGUGUCUAGGCUCUUGUGGCCAAAAUGCCAAUUGUCUGGUUGUUAAUCACGUACCCAUGUGUACCUGUCCGGAGAAAUUCACAGGAGAUCCUUUCAAUAAUUGUUUCCCUCUACCUCAAAUAGCACCAAGACCACCAAUACAAGACAAGUGUAAUCCUUCACCUUGCGGACCAAAUGCCCAAUGUCGCGAUGGAAUUUGCACUUGUUUGCCUGAAUAUAGAGGUGACCCCUACUUUAGCUGUCGACCAGAAUGCGUCCAAAACACAGACUGUCCCCAGAAUAGAGCCUGUGUGAACAACAAAUGCACCGACCCUUGUCCUGGAGUUUGCGGGCAAAAUGCCGAGUGCCAAGUUAUUAAUUACCUCCUUACCUGUACCUGUAAUCCUAAUUAUGAAGGAGAUCCGUUUACAACUUGUCAACCUGUGAAGAAACGAAUAGAUCCCUGCAACCCUUCACCUUGUGGACCGUACAGUACUUGCCAAAAAAUAGGUGAUCAAGCCUCUUGCUCGUGUAUGCAAACCUACUUUGGUACCCCGCCCAGCUGCCGUCCUGAAUGUGUCGCAAAUACUGAUUGUCCUCAAAACAAAGCCUGCAUCAAUCAAAAAUGUGAAAAUCCAUGUUUAAACGCCUGUGGCCAAAAUACGUUAUGCAAUGUGCAUAAUCAUAAUCCCCUUUGCUCAUGUCCUCCGGAAUAUACGGGUGAUCCUUUCGUCAACUGCUUCCCUGCCCCAAUUGUGACCAAAGAUCCAUGCAACCCCUCACCAUGUGGACCGAAUACCCAAUGCACACCCUCCGCAGAAAAUAUGCCCUUGUGCUCUUGUUUGCCCACGUUCUUAGGAUUUCCUCCGAACUGUAAACCCGAAUGCCUUAUUAAUAGCGAAUGCCCAAAUCAACUCGCCUGCAUUCGGCAAAAAUGCACCGAUCCUUGUUUAGGAGCCUGUGGAACCAAUGCCUUUUGCCGUGCAACAUUACACCGAGCCCAAUGCUCUUGUCCCGAAGGAUAUAUAGGAAAUCCUCAACAAAUUUGCGUCCUGUCUCAGAGUACACCAGCACCUCCGUCAAGUCCUUGUAGUCCAUCACCAUGUGGAGUCAACGCAUUCUGUCGAGAACGUUUCGACAAUGCAAUCUGCGAGUGCCAAGAGGAGUACAGAGGAAAUCCCUACGAAGGAUGUUAUCCCGAAUGUUUGGUUAACAGCGACUGUCCUAAAUCUCAGGCUUGCAUCAAGACCAAGUGCCAAGAUCCUUGUGUCAGGACUUGUGGAAUCGGUGCAAUCUGCACAGUGUCAAAUCAUUUCCCAGUCUGCUCGUGUCCUCAACCAACAGUUGGAGACGCUUUCACUCAAUGCCAGCUAGAGACAGUACCACCUAAACUUGAUCCAUGCCAUCCAUCACCUUGUGGACCAAACACUAUCUGCGAAAGCAUCGGAGGAAAUGCACUUUGUCGAUGCUUGCCAGGAUUAAAGGGAGUGCCUACUGAUCCUUCCGGUUGUAGGCCAGAGUGCAUCGUCAGUUCAGAUUGUCCAGGCGAUUUGGCUUGCAUCAACAGCGAAUGUUCCAAUCCUUGUUCUCAAGAUGUUUGUGGAGUCAAAGCUAAUUGUGCAAUUAUAAAUCAUAGCCCUCUUUGCAGUUGUCCCUCUCCUUUAGUGGGUAAUCCUUUCGUCGAAUGUUAUGAAGAAAAAGCUGUAAAUCCUUGCAAUCCUAAUCCGUGCACCACGAAUGGAGAAUGUAGAGUAAGAAACGGAGGACAUGUUUGUAUCUAUCCGGAGUGUCUCAUCAACAGCGAUUGUCCACGUGACAAGACUUGCUUCUCGCAGAAAUGUCGGGAUCCUUGCAUUAAUGCCUGCGGUAUCAAUUCUCUUUGCCAAACAAUAAACCACAAAGCUAUUUGUUCAUGUCCUAAGGGUUUCUCAGGAAGUCCUUAUAUAGAAUGUAAAAUAACAGAAGAAGAACCACCUCGUCCCGAAUGUACAGACAGCUCGGAAUGCUCUAAUGAUAAGGCAUGCAUUAAUCUUAAGUGCGUCAGUCCUUGUGAACUUGAUUCCUGUGGAUAUAACACCAACUGCUUUGUGCAAAAUCACAGAGCUGUUUGCACUUGCAAGGAUGGAUUUAUUGGAAACCCUCAACAACAUUGUGUCGAAAUUGGAUGCCGUAGCGAUGAUAAAUGUCCUCCUUCUCAAUCUUGCGUCAAUAACGAGUGUAUCGAUACUUGCUUAAUAACUCAAUGUGGAAUAAGCGCGGAAUGUAAAUCUGAUGGAUACCACCGAGCCAAUUGCUAUUGCCCAGAAGGAUUCUACGGAAAUCCCUACGACAGAUGUCAAAGACCAGAAUGCAGUGUUGAUGAUGAAUGUGCUUCCUUCUUGGCUUGUCGCAAUAAUCGAUGCGUUGAUCCUUGCAAUUGUCCAUUUUCAGCUCAGUGUCUAGUUGUCAAUCACAGACCAAGUUGCAAAUGUCCUCCUGGAUUCUCCGGAAAUCCUUACGAAUCGUGCGGAAUGGAACCAGUUGGAGUAAUGCCCGAGUGUAAAAUCGACGCCGAUUGUCCAAGCAAGUUGGCCUGCUUUGACGGAAUGUGUAAAGAUCCUUGCAAAGAGUCGAAACCUUGUAUAACGAAUGCAAAAUGUUCGGUAGUUGACAGUCUUCCAAUGAGAACAUUGAUCUGCGAAUGUGCCACAGAUUUUAUCGGAGAUGCGACAGUUGCCUGCAUUCCUGUUGAAAAGAAAUUAGAUUAUAUUUGUCUAUCGAACUCGGAGUGCAGUCCAAAUUUGGCUUGCAUUAAUCAACGCUGCGUCGAUCCCUGUGGAGUUAAUCCAUGUUCUGAAUCCGCCGAAUGUCACGUUGAGAAUCAUCGUCACGUGUGUCGCUGUCCCCCGAGUUAUAUUGGAGAUCCUUUCAUCAACUGUUAUAGAGAUAUACUUCCUGAGUGCACAAAGAAUUCAGAUUGCGUUUCGGACCUGGCCUGCAUCAACCGUCUUUGUCAAAAUGCAUGUUUAAGUAGCCGAUGUGGAGUGGGAGCAGAAUGUGUCGUACACAAUCACCAUCCGACUUGCAGAUGUCCCCUCAAUCUCGCUGGAGAUCCUCAAGUUCAAUGUUUCAAGCAGGAAUGUAGAUCGGACGACGAUUGUCCAUUUGACAAGGCUUGUACCAACGGCAAUUGCAUUGAUCCUUGCAUCAAUGCAUUUAUCACUUGUGGUCGCGGAGCAGAAUGUACAGCUAUUGCUCACAAAGCACAGUGCAAUUGUCCUCCAGGCACGCAAGGAGAUGCUCGCACUGCUUGCAUUAUUGCUGUUUGCCACUACAACGAGGAUUGUGCCGAGGACGAAACUUGCGAUAGACUUAAUAGAGUUUGUCGAAAGGUUUGCUCCGAAGACAGUUGCGGAGAUGAAGCUGUCUGCACUGCUAAAAAUCAUGAGCCUAUGUGUUCCUGUCCACCUGGAACCAAAGGAAACCCAUACGUCGAAUGCGAAGGCGAACAAUUCAAGCCAGACUGCACGGAAGAUAGACAGUGUUCACCAAGUUUUGCCUGUAUCAAUGCCAGAUGUCAAGAUCCUUGUUUGGUUGCAAAUAUGUGUAGCGAUGAACAAAUUUGCAGGGUUUUCCCGACGGAAUAUAUCCGAACGAUUAUUUGCGAGUGUCCGAAGGAUUCCUACACUGAUGAGAACGGAAAUUGUAUUAAACAUGAAACGGACAAAUGUCAUUUGGAUGAUGAAUGCGAAAACCAUGAGCGGUGUCUGAGUGGAUCUUGCGUUGAAGCUUGUCUUACAGUCCAGUGUGGCUUAAAUGCCCAAUGUAAAUCAACAUCUCACUCUGGAAUCUGUGCAUGCGCUUCUGGUUUCGAAGGAAAUCCUUACAUAGAAUGCUCUCGAGUUCCUCUUCCACCACCAGUAUUUUAUCCAGAAUGCACAUCGAACGAUGACUGCUUUUCGGACAAGCAAUGUAUCAACUCUCGUUGCAUCAAUCCUUGUCUGGAGGGCAAUCCUUGCGGAACAAAUUCCUUCUGCCAUGUUCGUGUUCAUAAAGCCGUAUGCAGAUGUCCGGAAGAAUACUUGGGCAAUCCUAUUAUUGAAUGUAUUCCACCAAAACAAAUCGCUGGAUGCUUGUCGAACAGUGAAUGCGCUGGCACUGAAUCUUGUGUCAAUGGGUACUGUGUUAGCCCUUGCGAUUGCGGACAAAACACCAAAUGUUCAGUCGAAAAUCAUCAUCCUUCUUGUGUUUGCUUGCCAGGCUAUUCCGGUAAUCCUCACUUUGGAUGCACCAAGUUGGAAUGUGAAGCAGACAGCGAUUGUCGAUUCUCCGACACAUGUUACAAUGGCCAGUGUAUGAAUCCCUGUAUUCUGGAGAACAAGUGUGCAAUUAAUGCCGAAUGUUUCGGAGCCAAUCACCGAGCAACUUGUAAAUGUGGUUUAGGAUUCUUUGGAAAUCCGGAUGUCUAUUGCGAACGAGCGGAAUGUACCACAAAAUACGAUUGUCCAUCAAAUUUGGCGUGUCAUAACAGCAGAUGCGUCAAUCCAUGCACCCACGAUUCUCCAUGCGCACAAAAUGCCAUUUGCUACGUUCAAAAUCAUGUCGCAUCAUGUCGCUGUCCAGAAAAUCUGCCCAAUGGAAAUCCAUUCUCCUACUGCGAACGCCUUCCACCUGAAGAUAAACCCGAGUGCGCGAAAGAUUUAGAUUGUCCCAGUAAAUUGGCCUGUAUCAAGGAGACCUGUGUCGAUCCAUGCGCUGUUAUACGACCGUGCUUCGAAAACGCUCGCUGCAGUGUCUUCGAUAACGUUCCUGUGAGGACGAUGGCCUGCACUUGUCCUGACGGCUGGAUUACCGACAAAGAAGGAAUCUGCAAACGAAUUGUAAUCACAACGCCAAAUGGAUGUAUUUCAAACGAUGAAUGUCCCGACAACCAGUCUUGCAUCAACCGUCAAUGUCGGGACCCAUGCAGCUGCGGAACGAACGCCGUUUGCUAUGUUAAGAAUCACCAACCGAUAUGUUCCUGUCAGAAGGGAUAUCAGGGUCUUCCUGACGUCGCCUGUUUCCCUGUCGAAUGUCAGCGAGAUUCGGAGUGCAUGCCAGACAAGGCGUGCCACAACGGAAAAUGCGUGAACCCUUGUCUUGUGUCCGAGUCCUGCGGCACGAAUGCAGAAUGCUUUGUUCGUAACCACGAAGCAAUUUGCCGCUGCCAGUCAGGUUUCCGCGGUAACGCUCAGGACAUGUGUCGCAUCAUCGGAUGCUACAGUAACAGCGACUGUCCCAGUGAUCACGCCUGCGUCAAUUCUCAGUGCGUCAAUCCGUGUCUUCGAGACAAUCCUUGCACUUCGCGCGCCAACUGCGUUGUUCACAAUCAUCUUCCAAUUUGCAAGUGUCAACACCAAUUGACGGGAAAUCCGUACGUCAGCUGCCAACCACGACCCGAACCUGAGUGCCGUGACGAUGACGACUGUCCCACUCUGACUGCUUGCAUCAACAAGAAAUGCCAAAAUCCCUGCACUGCCAUUCAACCGUGCACUGAGCCCGCUGAAUGCAGAGUCCUUCCGAAUUAUUCCGUGAGAUCGUUGAUCUGCGUUUGCCCGAGUGGCUACAUCAGCAGUGGCAGUGGCACUUGUGAGCCAAUUCUCAUCGACGCUGUCUGCCGGAGGGACAGUGAUUGUCCCUCUGACCGGGCUUGCAUCAACGCACUCUGUAAGGAUCCUUGUGCAUGUGGUUCGAAUGCAGUUUGCAACAUCAAGGAUCAUAAGCCAAUUUGUUCUUGUCUUCCUGGAUAUGACGGGAACUCUGAAGUUCACUGCAGCAAAAUUGUUGGUUGUCGGUCUGAUAAUGAAUGUAGUGGCACUCAUUCUUGCAUCAAUCGAAGUUGCGUGCCUGCGUGUGCGUCUUCGCCGUGCGGAAGGGGAGCCGAGUGCCUUGCCUUAUAUCACAAAGCAAUAUGCGAAUGUCCUGUUGGUUAUGGCGGCAAUCCGCGAGAAGCUUGUGUUCUCCUCGGUUGUCGAAGUAACUCCGAUUGUCCCACAGACAAGGCUUGUAUUAAUCGAAGAUGUGAAAACCCCUGCACUCUCAAUCCUUGUACAGGACAAACUGACUGCCACGUUCAUAAUCAUGCUGUCGAGUGCCUAUGCCCCGAAGGAUUUGUCGGAGAUACUAGAAACGGAUGCGCUCGAGUGGAUAUAGGAUGCAUUAGUGAUUCGGAUUGUCCUUCACAAACGGCGUGUUUCAAUGGCGAAUGUAUAAAUCCAUGUGAGAAGGUUCAACCUUGCGGAAUUAAUGCUCAAUGCAAAGUUCUCGAUAUCAUGCCUGUCAGACUGAUGAUAUGCGAGUGUCUUCCCAGUUAUCGAGGAUACGCAAUAGAUCGCUGUGUUGGAGUGAAAAUAUGUCCGAUUGAGAAGGGCCAGAUACGUGACGAGAAUGACAAUUGUGUGUGUCCACCUGGUAAGGCUAAGGAUGAGAAUGACAUUUGUGUGAUUUGUCGAAAGGAAAUUGGAAUGGUAAUAAACAAAGAAGGUGAAUGUGUGUGUGCUCUUGAGAAGGGAAUGAUAAUUGAUGAGCAUGGAAAUUGCCGCUGUCCCGAGGAACACGGAUACGUCCUGGACAUUUAUGGAUAUUGCAAGCCAGUGAAACAAUGCUUCCGGGAUGAUGAAUGCCCUGACGAUAAAUUGUGCUCGCCAUUGAAUUUCAAAUGCGAAAAUCCAUGCGAGGAUAAGAUUUGUUCGAAUGCGUACUGCACUGCAGAGAAUCAUCGAGCAAUCUGUAAAUGCAUCGAAGGUUACUCUGGUAUAAAUUGCGAAAACAAAAAUACAACAGUUUACCGAACGGACUUCCCGAAAUCAGAAGUUGAAGCACACUGUCUGUCUGAUGGAAUUGAAGUGGAUAUCAACUUUUACAAUAGCACAGUAACGGAUGGUUUUGAUGGGGUUCUGUACGUGAAAGGUCAUAGUAAAGAAGAGAACUGUCGAAGAAUUAUUUCCCUAGAUCGUGGAAUGAACAAUCACCAUUUGAAGUUCAAAGUCAAGUUCGGAACCUGUGGAUUAAUUCACAUUAAUGGGGAAGCGUCCUUUAAGCUGAUUAUACAAAAACAUCCAAAAUUGAUGACGUUUAAUGCACAAGCAUAUUUGAUUAAAUGUUUGUACCAAAUUGGAGAACAAAAUGUCACUUUAGGAUUUAAUGUCUCGAUGCUCACGACUGCUGGCACCAUCGCAAAUACCGGACCUCCGCCAACAUGUUCAAUGCAAAUCGUCACUCAAAGCGGAAAUAACGUCGAAAAUGCAGAAAUAGGAGACAAUCUCAUGCUCCAAGUUAAUGUAACACCUAAUUCCAUUUACGGAGGAUUCGCUCGUAAUUGUGUCGCUAAAACAAUGGAGGAGAAAAUGGAAAAUGAAUAUAUUGUGACUGACGAGAAUGGAUGUGCCACCGAUCCAACGAUAUUUGGUGAAUGGGAACAAGAUCCUGAAUCGCAAGUUUUGAUGGCGAGUUUCAAUGCAUUCAAAUUUCCAAAUAGCGACAACAUACGCUUCCAAUGUAACAUCCGAGUUUGUUUCGGCCGAUGUCAACCAGUUAAUUGUAGAGGAUAUAAUGCUUUCGGACGUCGGCGAAGAGCCGCUGACACUGAACCAAAUGACACUGCCCUAAGUGUAAGAGACAGUAAUGAAGGUCAACUUCGAGAAGAAAUAACAGUAAAAUCAAAUUUAAUUCGUACCGUAGAAAGAGUAGAAGCUCGAUAUACUGCCGACCCAACAGAAUCUCCAUCAGCUCAACGAGUCGAAGACAUAUGCGUGUCUAUGGUUGGCUUCGUCAUCUCACUAGUUAUUACAGCAUUGUUGGCCCUUGUCGCCGUAGCGAUAGCCGUUUCCUGUUGGCUCCUAGCCUACCGUCGCCAACCGAAGACAGCCGGACCACUGCCACAUCCACCGGAAUUCCCAAACCCCUUGUUCACCACCGAAUCAGUGGCCGAACCAUCACCUGAUUAUCACUUGUCGUAAAACUCAUAGAAUGAUUAUUUUUUAAUUAACCUAUUUUUAUUAUGUAAAAUGGAAAUUACAUCUAGGACAACUCACGUUCUAUUGACCAGUCUUGUAUUUCCAUGCAUUUCCUCCAUUGACUUAUUUUUUCUUCUCAGGGCACGAUUGAUCAUGAUGGAAAAAGUAUACUUGAUAUAACGAUGAGCAUUGUAGCACUUACUAUUUAUGGUGAUGGUACUUUCCAUUAUCUAUGUAUGCGUGAAAAGACUUUACACUUACUUUAACAUCUUAUAUUUUCUUAUAAGUAUCGACUCUAGUCCCUGGAGGAUUUGUACCUUUAAUAUGUAAUCAAUCGCAAACUUACUUGCUGUGUAAAGUCAAACGAAUUAGUCUAAUCUAGCUUUCUUACUUUUAGAUAAUUGUACAUUUUUUUAUCUAAUAAAAGGCUAAUGAUUUAUUUCUAUAGUCCAUCCGUCCUCUUUUUAGGAUAAAUUGUAAAUAAACUUAAUUAUCAAUACUUAUGUAAACGUACAUUAAAUAAAUAAUAAAAAUAA